UAACACUUUAUUGACAUUGUUACUAUUAUAAAAUUGUAAUAUACAAUUGGAUCUAAAUUUUUGUGGAAUUAAAAUAAGCCAACAGUAGGAUUAUCAUUAAGCAUUUAGAACAAAAUGGAUUCAAACUGUGCUUAUUGGUCAGAACAAACAAAUAAUAGAAUUGUCUACAUUUUCUUUUGUUGCUGGCUUUGGUUGGUAGAAAAUAUUAAUAUAUACCAAAUACUAUUUGAGAUGUAUAGAUCAUAAAUACAGCAUUGGGAAUCUUUUUGUCAUGCUGAGUUUUUUCGCUGGAAUUUGUUAUAGCAUUUGUUGUAAAUGGGAUUUGACCUGUAUAACCAACAGAUAAUGUAAAAUGUUAUUCUUUACCAGUAGUUUCCUGCAGCUAUUAUGUGUACAGUCUUUGUAUCUCAGCCCACAUUUAUAAUAUUUGCACAUCUUAACAAGCACGCUUUUGAAUGUAAACGUUUCAGAGCUCUCAAGAACUUAUAAAAAGAAAUCUAAUCUUGCUAGUGCAUGCUUCAGAUGGUAAGCAUGUCAUUUUAAAAAAUGAGACAGAUAGGCAUUUAGGACUGGGAGAAGUCGUGAGUUUCUCCCUGUCAUCGAGUGAAUAAGUAGACUAGAACUUUCUUCUGUUAUUUCCAGUAGUGUUUGGCUAAGACAUGAAGAAUAUUUGCAACAAAUGAAUUUAGAAUUCUUCACAAACUUAGAUUCUCAUAAAAUCUCCUAAGAUGUAAGGAACAAAUUAGAUAUAACCUAAUGUUCUUUAUACUAACAGUUUUAUAAAACUGAAUAAGUAAAACAAAACAAAAACAAACACCUUACUCUCACUGUCUUGUCUGUUAUCGUUAUUAAUGAUGAGGUUUAGACAUAUUUUCCGUGAAUACAGUAUUUGCUCAUGUUACUUAAUAAUUGAAUUUUCUUUUCACUCUAUUUUUGUUGGUUAAAACCAUUUUUAAUGUAAACUUACAGAUACAAAAACAUUCCAGGGAUAUUGGAUAAGUGGUUCUUCUGAAAAUUUCCAAAACUUUUAAAGCACCCAUUUCAUACCCAUAUAAACAAAUGUUAGUUGUAACUGCCAUACAUCUAGUUUAUUAGCAAGUUCAAAGGAUUUGAACUAUAUUUAUAAAUAAAUUUCUUCUAUUUAGAAGGAAGAAAAGUUAUUUUUUGUGAAUAUUAUUGUUGUAAUUAUUUGAGUGAUAUAAUUUUACCAUGUUACAGUUUAUCAUCAUUUUUCUCAUGAAGUUCUGUAGGAAAUACUGCCUAUUUAAUACCUUUACACUUGAAUAGCACUGAUAAUUUUGUUUCCCUUCAGGGCAUACAGCUGUUUCCAGCCUACUCAGUGCCAUGUCAGGACAUAAAAUUAUCUUGACAGAAAGAUUUAAAUUAUAAAUAGCCCCAUAAUGACAUUCAGCUUGGGCGGUACAUUUAUAAAAGGAAUUAUUAAGAAAAUGUCAUUUCAACCCAUAACUAUAACUAGAUUCUCUCACAUUUCUGAAGCUGUCUUUUGGUAGCCAGAUAAUAUUUGCAUAUGUAAGCAUUUAAACUAUUAGGGCUAUCAAGUCUACAAGUAUAAAAACAUAUUAUGGGCUGGGCGCGGUGGCUCAAGCCUGUAAUCCCAGCACUUUGGGAGGCCGAGGCGGGUGGAUCACGAGGUCAAGAGAUCGAGACCAUCCUGGUCAACAUGGUGAAACCCCGUCUCUACUAAAAAUACGAAAAAUUAGCUGGGCAUGGUGGUGCGUGCCUGUAAUCCCAGCUACUCAGGAGGCUGAGGCGGGAGAAUUGCCUGAACCCAGGAGGUUGCGGUGAGCCGAGAUCAUGCCAUCGCAUGCCAGCCUGGGUAACAAGAGCGAAAUUCUGUCUCAAAAAAAAAAAAAAAAAAAAAUAUAUAUAUAUAUAUAUAUAUAUAUAUAUUAUGGAUAUUAGAUAAAUGGUUUCCUAAAAUUUUCCAAAACAUUUCUAUCACAAAUACAUCUUACUACAUGUCUUUGUCCUAUGAAAACUGAUACAGUAUUGGAGAGUUGAGACCCCAAGAUCUUGAUAUUAUUCAAAGAGCAUAGCACUGGAAAUACUUUACAUGUAAUUAAAGAAGAAAAGAACUAGAAGUUGAUUUAUCUGAUUGUUAUCCCAUAAGAAACAUCACAACAUUGAAUAGGGAAUAAAAUUUUAUGAGCAUUUUUUUCCUAGAGUAAAUGUUGACUAUAAAUUACUUGUUAGUGUUUUGAUUUUUAAAUACCCAGUCUACCAUCUUAUUAGUACAUUUAAAUCCUAUGAGAAUCUACUUAACCCAAGUUAUAUUUUUCUCUGAACAAAAUUAUAUUUAUUCAAAAAUGCUUUACUGUAUGAAUAUGUGUAUUGGUAUGAGUCAUUUUUCUACUUUAUGCUGCAUGUGUACCUGGUUAUUUCAGCAUCAGAAAGUAGGGAUACAUAAAAGAAAGUGAAUGGGAAGAUCAGUCAGUGAUAACAAUACGUAAUAUGGGUCCAUGUUGUGGAGUCUUGCACUUAUCAAGCUUAGGUUGUGUUAUGAUCAUCACUAAAAAACUAGAGCAUUGCUGGUUUGAAGCUGGCAUGGUGGAGAUGUUAGUGUCAGAGUAACAGGAAUAUUUAACCUCUGUGAUAUAAAUCUCUAUGAAACCUCUGUUUAACACAAACCUCUGUGUGUGUGUUCAUUGAUUUUAUUUCUAAACUCUGUAGUUUGUAAGUAUUACGGCAUUGUGCUGCUUAGCGGGCCAAAACUUGCCUAAGCUGAGUGUUGAUCCCGACUUCAAUUUCUAAUUCAAUUUUUAAUGACAUUUUCUUUUUUUGAUUUUGACUCCUUCUCAAUAGAGACAUUUCUUACCAUGCUUCUGCCAGUUUAGCAACAUUCAUUUCUCUCUUAAGCAUGUCUUAGAAACAGCCUAAUAAAUUUAUUCUUUCCUUUCUCAAUUUCUGUCUCUUAGAAAGGGAUUUCUGUCAAAGGUUCAGUGUUCUGAGUUGUUCCUGUGCUACCUAAUCACUUUAGCCACUUAGCUUUGAAACUACCUGAUGAAAAAAGGAAGUUGUACUGGCAUAUGUAGGUCAAUUCCUUUGAUUUCUCAUUUUCUUAUUCCCGCACAUAGAAUGAUGAGAAAAUUUAAUAUUGUUAGCUUUCUUUUAAACAGCUCUAUAUUCUGGGUGGGUUUAAGCCACCCCAAUUUCUGAUAUUUUAAAACAAUCCUCAUGUGUAUUCUAGAUGAGACUCUUCAAUAGGAAAGGAACAGUAAUCAGUCCACCUGAUUUAUUUAGCAUAUAUCAUUACCUUCUACUGUGUGCCAGGCACUGUGCUUGCCACUGAGGAUAACAGUAAUAAAAUAUUUUAUCAGAGGAGCUCCAUCACCUAGUGAAGAAUAUGAUCAAACACACUCAGACCUUUGCUGGUUAGCCAAUUGAAUUGCUUAGUACAUUAUUUCAGGCACCUGCAGUAGAAUCUUACUGAUCUUCUAGUGAAUACAUCCCUGGUCUGAGGGUUAGAAGGUUUUCAUGCCAUUUCUUUCUGCUGACAUUUCAUCUUUCAUCAUAUAUUUAAUACAGUAUAAUCUUGAGUAAGCCAUACAUCAUAUUUAUAAAGUUAGUAAUGUCUGUUACAACAUAUUGUGAGAUCUCCGGGGCAGAAGUGCUGAGUCAACAGAAACAUUAUCCUUUCAACAAACAUGCACUAAGUACCUAUAACCGAAGCAUUAUGUAUUAGGCUUCCUGAGUGAUACAGAGAUAAGUGAGACAAUUGUCUAGGUCUAGUAGCUGACAAUGCAGUGUAUUGGAUGAAAAUACACUUAACAGUUAAGACAUUUCUUUAGUGCUUUCUUGUAAAGAACAAAUGUAUGUUUAAAUGCGAAUUCUACUCUUAUUAACUAUAUUCUCUCUAAUUCUAUGAUUUGUAGUUGGAGAUUUUCCAAAGCUUAAUGGGCACUGUAAACUAAAAAAUUAAGUUAGUUUAUUAUCAGUUUAUUUAAAUAGUGUUCUUUAGCUUUACCUUCACUUUCACUUGUAUUACCAGAGUAUUUAAUCAUUAUUAGGAGACAUUUAAAAAAUUUCUACUAUUCGUGUCAGGGUUUUCAACCCUUAAUAAUAUGGCAAACCAUCUUAUGGGGGAAAAAAAGUCCUCAAAGAUCCUCUUUUCACCAGUGUUGGGUGUGCAUGUUUGUAUUUGUAUAUUUUAUUUAUGGUUAUCUAAAUAUAUGGAGAUACACAGUUAAAUACAAACUAUACUCUUAACUUUCAUGACCGUAAUCUAUUAGAAGCAAACUAUAAAAACAGUAAAAAUGUCUAUUUGCCACAUUAAUCUAAUGUUAUAAAUUAUGUUGUCUUUGAGAAAAUAAAUUGCUGCUGACGGUGAAUAUGAUACUGAGAGCUACAACACAGAUUUUUUUUUAGCUUUCUUUUCAAAAGUACUAUUACAGCUAUGUGAAAUUAUAUUAGGUUAUUUUUCUGGUGCUUUUUCAGUGCUUGCAAUUAUUUUUUUAAAAACUAGGACAAUUAAGAUUUUGUUGUAUGAUGCUGGUAAGCAUAACCUAGAAUAAAUAUAGGUAUUGUAAAUCAUUAAUCUAAAGGAUAGUAGUAUUUAUUUUAAUGAAAGGCAAUAGAACUAUAUUAGGCUGGCUUUAAAAUAAUAGUGAUCAUCACUAGUCAUCUUCUUUACUGGAUAAUAUAAUCAAAGGAAGGGCUUUUGUGUUUUUUGAAGGUGUUCUCUUUCUACAGAGUUAUAAGGAUCUAUAAUAUAUACAACAGGUUUUCCCCAAAUAACAAGUGCUGCACCUCUCCCUUUCUAGUUCUAAGGAGAAUCCAUGGCACUCUUUCCCACCAAGCCUACCUUCUCAAGUCUUUUUUACUAGCUCAUAAGAUAAACCAAUGGAUUUAGGGGGAGAACACUAAAAAGGAGACAAAUAGACAAUAUAAAUAAAGGAGAAAGGUAUGGAGAGACAUGCAUAGCUUUCUGUUUCCAGCCAAUUCCAGCCAGGUUAGUCUAUAAACAUUGGAGAAAUGUGCUGUGUUAGCAACAUAUAUUACUACAUUUGUUAACUGAAUUUUGGUCAUUAGUUAUUAGCAAGGAACAUAUGAAUCUAAAGACUAUCUUGAUUUUUUGAUACAAAGCAUGUAAAUUUUAAUUUUUAUUUCCCAGUAAGGUAUCUUUUGGGAAAAUAAAUUAAUUCAUGUUACGUCUCAGCUUAAAUCCUUCAAAAGGCUGGGCUCAGUGGCUCAUCCUUGUAAUCCCAGCACUUUGGGAGGCUGAGGUGGGCAGAUUGCUUGAGUUCAGGAAUUUCAGACCAGCCUGGGCAACAUGUUGAAACCCCAUCUCUACAAAAAAAUACAAAAAUUAGCCAGAUGUGGUGGUAUACACCUGUAGUCCUGGAAGCUCAGGUGGGAGGAUUGCUUGAGCCCGGGAAGCAGAGGUUGCAGUGAGCCAAGAUUGCACCACUGCACUCCAGCCUGGGCGACAGAGCCAGACUCUGUCUGAAAAAAAAAAAAAAAAAUUUCAAAAGACUUACCCCUUCUUUUAGAACCUUCAUGAUUUUUUGUUUGUUUGUUUGUUUGGUUUUUGAGAAUAGGAUCCCAGACCUCAAACAAUACCUAGCAUGCAGUAGACCGUCAUUAACAUUUUAAUUUAAUUGAACUCUAAUUGCAUGAAUCCGGGCAGAACAUGUUGGCAGUAAGUAAAUCUUUUCCAUUUUUAGUGUAUUCUAGGGAAGUACAUUGAAGAUUGGAGGUAUGGAAGCAAGUUAGAAGAGCAGAAAAUCCAAAUUUCAUACAAACCAAAUAGAGUUCAUUUUAACAGACAUUUAUUGAGUGCUCAACAUUUCCCACUAUUGUUGGAAGUCAGUAACAUGUAGGGUUGUCAAAGCCACAUUGUUGAAUAUGUGUAGAAUAAUGAAAGAUGUAAGUGAUAUAAAAAAUAACUUGUGCUUAGGUUUCUGUUUUUUGUUUUUUAAUUUGGACUGCAGAGACAACUCAUAAAGAUAAGAUCAUGAGUAUUUCAAGUUUUCUUUUGAAAACUGAGUCAUAGAUGUUGCAUUUUAAGCCAAGGUUUGAUCAUUCUAUACUUCAUGGCUUUUUAAAAUUCUAGUUGCUAUAACAACUUUGAUAUUUCUUUAUUAUUUUUAGUACUUCAGUUACCAUAACAAUAAGAUAUCCGAAAAAAUAGCAAUUUUCUUCUAUAAGAGAACAUUUUCUUUUAAUUAAAAUUAAUGUGAAACAACAUUUCUUUCCUAUAAUGUGAACCCAUUAUUCAAAAUGAGAGUGUGCUUUUCUGUUGUCAUACAAUUUUAACAGACUUUUGUAGGAAAUGUCUUAAGGUCCAACUUUUUUCUCUCUCUGUUUUUACUGUAUAGAAGUUGAAGGGAGAUAGCUGUUUUGAACCCUUAUAUGAGAUAAUUCUAAUUUUUAUGGGAUUUCAUCGAUACAAAAAUGAAAUGAAAUUAUAUUAAAAAUGUAAUUCCUAGAUUUUUUAGUUUAUAAAGUAGGAAACAGUCAUGAUUGAUAGAUAGUUGUAAGCCAUGGGAGAUGUAAGAAAGGUUGAAAUUUCCUUUUCUCCUGUGUUACUUUUAAGUGUAUUUUCACAUUUAUUGCUGUAGUAAAACAACUACCACUUCACUUACCUAGAAAUAACUGACAGCUUAGUCCGGAGCUGUGGCACUUUACUCAUAGAGCAGUACCUUUAUUUACUCUUUGAGAAAAAAUUCUUAGAAGCUUAGUUUCUGAUACUGAAGCCUCUAGAAAAUGAAGAUAGCAAAUUAGAACGGGAAGGAGGGCCUACUGCUAUGUUUGCCCUGCAAAUAGAUUCAGAAAAUAUAGGGAGCUAUGUAUUAUUUUUAAGGUACCUAAUUCUUAUGGAAAUCAAACAAAUCCAGCAGCUACAAAGGUUUGAUUGUAUCAGAAGACAGUGUUCUUAAUAGUGAUGAUCCUAGCCUACCAAAUAUUAAAUUAUGUCAGAAUUCUUGGUUUAAGAAGACAGAAGACUAGAUAAUACAUCUUAUAAGAAUUUUGAUGCCUAAUGUAAUAGAGUAAAACAAAUUUUUUUUUAAAAAAUUGGUAUCAUUUUUCUUUUUCUUUUUUUAAGGAAUAAUUUCAACUUUUAUUUUAGAUUUAGGGAUACACAUGUAGGUUUCUCUCAUCAGAAUAUUGUAUAAUACUGAGGUUUGGGGUAUGGUUGAUCCCUUCACCCAGGUAAUGAGCAUAGUACCCAUAGUUUUUUAAGCCUUACUUCCUCCCUCCCUCCCCACUGUAGCAGUUCCCAGCAUCUAUGUUUCCUAUCUUUAUGUCCAUGAGUACCAAAUGUUUAGCUCCCACUUUCAAUUGAGAACGUGAGUAUUUGGUUUUCUUUAUCUUGCAUUUAGUUUGCUUAGGAUAAUAGUCUUUGGCUGUAUCCAUUUUGCUGCAAAAGAUAUAAUUUCAUUUUUUAUGGCUGUAUAGUAUCCCAUGUUAUCUGUGUACCAUAUUUUCUUUAUCCGGUCCACCAGCAUAAAACAAAAUUUUAAAAAUCAAUUUUAAAAAGCCCUCAUUUAUCUGGGAAAUGGAGGAUCCACUUACCUUAGGUUUUCAUGGACUAAGCCUUGGUAAUUUUAUGUUACUUUAUUGCUAAUCAUGGGAUUUUCCUAGAAAGCACGGUCAGGUUCAGACAAUGAUAUUUCUUUUCUUUAAUAAUAUGCUUUUUUGUAAUAAAAAGGAAUGAUGAGUGAACUGGCAAUUCAAUAGAAAAGAAAAACUGUUGUUAUUAAUUUCUGAACCUCAGCAUGUUACCUGUGGAUGUAGUUUCUGAAGGCAAAAUGAUUAAACAAAAAGCUUACUGAUCAGUGAGCUUUGAAUGAAUAGCCACUGUAUGUUUACAUGCUUUGUUUUUACUUUUUAGUUUUCCUAGCCAACUUUUAAAGGUAAGUAUUAUUAUCUCCAUAUUAAAGAUGGAAGCUGAGAUACAUGGAGAGAAAGAUAUACCCAAGGCCUCAUAGUUAAUGAGUGGUAUAGCCAUCGUGCCAACCCGAAUCUGUCUGAUUCUGAAACCUACAUCCUUUCCUCUAAGUCAUAGUAUCUCCUUGUCUUUAAACUUAAUAAAUGUUUAUUACGGGUAAUAACAUACCUAGGAGAAAAUAUGAGAAGAAAGAUCAUACUGUGUAUGGUUUUAUUUUAUUGCUCUGCAUACUGUUUUGACCUGUUAAUUUAGUUUUAAACACAUAUUUUAUGUUUGAGACUUUCCUCACUAAGAAGGUCGUAAAUAUACAUGUAAAUUAGUAUUUUCUUUCUCCAUUUUUCUCUAUGAUUGAUGAAACAUAAUGGAACCUCUCAAAGGUGUUGCUUACUUGGCUCAUUGUCUUAGAGCUCAGCUAGCUAAGGCAGUCUCAAAGUGUUGUAUAACUGGCAUUUAAUAAGUCUUUUCUCACUCAGUGUCUCACUUGCGGCUGGGCUGUUGUAUCUUGAAUACAAACACUGAGCCAUGAGUCAGAUAUACUGAUUGAGUGUGAAAGUACACACAGGCUCUGGAUGUACUUACCCUGUCCACCAGUGUCUGUUCUUUCAGACAUUGUAGUAACUCUCAUUCUUUAUGGGACAUUGCUACAAAGGAUUCUGGUAUUUUUCUUUUUAAACAUCAAUAUACUAAAUAAUUUCCUGGCAAUGCCUUUAAAUUCAUUCAGGUAAUUUAGGGCCUUCAUUUCAUGGCUUUACACAAAAUUCAAACGCUUGAUUACAUGCAAAAGCCAUCACAGGUUUUUCAGUCUCUUCAGCUAUAACUUACACAGGUCUCAAAUGUCACAUUUUAAUGAGCUUUGACAUGUAUGCAUGUGUGUAACCACGUGGAUCAAGAUACAGAAUGUUUCCCUCAUCCCUGAAAGUUCCUCAUACCUCUUGCCAGUCUUGACUGGUGCAUGUGUGCACAUGAGCGCACACUACACACACACACACACACACACACCCUGAGGCAACUAGGGUUCUGAUUUCUUUCAGCAAAAAUUAGUUUCUCCCAUUUCAGAACUUCAUAUAAAAUCAUGCAAUGUAUAUUCUCCAAUGUAUGGCUUCUUUCUUUUAGUUUUAAGAUCCAUCCAUGUUAUGUGUGUCAUUAGUUUUUUUCCUUUUCAUUGUAUGGAAAUACCAUAGUUUGUUUAUUCAUUCCCCUGUUGAUGAAUGUGUGUAGGAUGUUUCUAGUUUUGGCUAUUUCUUUCUUUUUUUUUUUUUUGAUAUGGAGUUUUGUCCUUGUUACCCAGGCUGGAGUGCAAUGGCGCAAUCUCAGCUCACUGCAACCUCCGCCUCCUGGGUUCAGGCAAUUCUCCUGCCUCAGCCUCCUGAGUAGCUGUGAUUACAGGCACGCACCAUACUGCUAUGAAAAUUUUUAAACGAGUGUUUUGUAGACAAUAUGUUUUCCUUUCUAUUAGAUGGAAUUGAUGGGAGAGGUAGGGUAGAUUUUCUUUAACAUUAUAAGAAAAUCCCAAACUGUCAAAUUUUCAAAGUUGAGUCAUUUUACACUACUACCAGCAGUGUGCAGUUUCAGUUCUACAUCCCUACCAACAUUGUUUUGUCAGUCUUUUCAUUUUAGCCAUUCUGGUGGUGAUAUAUUGGUAUCUCAUUGUGAGUAUAUAUUGGUAUUUCAACUACUUUGCCAUUUCCUGAUGACUGUGGAUGUUGAGCACUUUUUCAUUUUCCUAGUGAUUAUUUGUAUAUCAUCCUUAGUGAGGUGGCUUCCAGUUUUUUCACUAUUUUUAAUUGGAUUAUUUGUAUUUAUAUUAACAAAUCAUAGGAGUCAGUUACGUAUUUUGGAUACAAGUCCUUUGUUAGAUAUAUGUUUUGCUAAUACUGUCUUUGACUUGCUGAUUUUUUUUCUUUUUUUUUUGUGCUUUAAGUUCUGGGGCAGAUGUGUAAAAUGUGCAGGUUUGUUACAUAGGUAUACACGUGCCAUGGUGGUUGGCUGCACCUAUCAACCCGUUAUCUAUGGGUAUUUCUCAACCCGAAUCUACAUUAGGUAUUUCUCCUAAUGCUAUUCCUCUCCUAAACCCUCCACCCUCUGACAGGCCCCGGUGCAUAAUGUUCCUCUCCUUGUGUCCAUGCGUUCUCACUGUUCAACUCCCACUUUUUUUUAUUCUUAUGUUAGUUUGUUGAGAAUUAUGGUUUCCAGCUUCAUCCAUGACCCUGCAAAGGACAUGAGCUCAUCUUUUUUAUGGCUGCAUAUAUUCGUGGUAUAUUUGUGCCACAUUUUCUUUAUCCAGUCUAUCACUGAUGGGCAUAUGAGUUUGUUCACUAUUGUGAACAGUGCUGCAAUAAACAUACAUGUGCAUGUGUCUUUAUAGUAGAACGAUUUAUAAUCCUUUGGGUAUAUACCAAGUAAUGGGAUUUCUGAGUCAAAUGGUAUUUCUGUUUCUAGAUCCUUAAGGAAUCACCACACUAUCUUCCACAAUGGUUGAAUUAAUUUGCGUUCCUACCAACAGUGUAAAAACGUUCCUAUUUUUUCAUAUCCUCUCCAGCAUCUGUUAUUUCCUGACUUUUUAAUAAUCGCCAUUCUAACUGCCAUGGGAUGGUAUCUCAGUGUGGUUUUGAUUUGCAUUUCUCUAAUGACCAGUGAUGAUGAGCUUUUUAUCAUGUGUUUGUUGGCCACAUAAAUGUCUCCUUUUGAGAAUUGUCUGUUUAUCUCCUUCACCCACUUUUUGAUGGGGUUAUUUAUAUUUUUCUUGUAAAUUUGUUUGAGUUUUUUGUAGAUUCUGGAUAUUAGCCCUUUGUCAGAUGGAUAGAUUGCAAAAAUUUUCUCCCAUUUUGUAGUUUGCCUAUUGACUCUGAUGAUAGUUUCUUUUGCUAUGUAGAAGCUCUUUAGUUUUUUGAGGGGGAUUGUUUGUUUGUAGAAGAGUGGUUUAUUAGACAGAGAGAGACAGAGAGAGAGAGAGAGAGAGAGAGAGAGAGAGAGAGAGAGAGAGAGAGAGAGAGAGAGAGAGACAGCUUCCAUGCUCUUGUGGGAGGGGAUCCCAGAGCAGUAAAUCCCAGAAGCUCUUUAGUUUAACUGUCUCAAAAUCCAUCCCUCAAUAGCUUCACCUGUAAGAUGGGAAAAUAAAAUCAUCAUGGGAUGCCAUAAACAAGCAAACCGGUUCUCUGCCUCCUAGGUGCAAGCGAUUCUCCUGCUUCAGCCUCCUGAGUAGCUGGGAUUAUAGGCGCUUGCUACCAUGCCUGGUUAAAUUUUAUAUUUUUAGAUUAGACAGGGUUUUGCCAUGUUGGGCAGGCUGGUCUCGAGCUCCUGACCUCAGGUGAUCCAUCUGCCUCAUCCUCUCAAAGUGCUGGAUUACAGGCAUGAGCCACUGCACCCAGUGCAAGAUCUUAACUCUUAAGGCUUUAUAGUAUGUCUUGAAUUCAGGUUGUGCCAGUCUUUCAACUUUGUCUUUUGUUUGUUUCUCUUUCUCAUGAUUGUUUUAGCUCCCCUAGAUCCUUUGUGUUUACCUACAGGUUUUAGAAUUAGUAGCUUGUCAGUUCUACAAAAGCUGCUUGGAUUUUAAUUGGAAUAGUGAUGUAUCUAAAGAUCAAUAUGAGAAAAAUUGAUGUUCUUAACAAUAUUGUUUUCCAUUCUGUAAAGACAGUAGGCCAGACGUGGUGGCUCACGCCUGUAAUCCCAGCACUUUGGGAAGCUGAGGCAGGUGGAUCACUUGAGUUCAGGAGUUCGAGACCAGCCUGGCCAACAUGGUGAAACCACAUCUCUGCUAAAAAUACAAAAAUUAGGCGGGUGUGAUGAUGCAUGCCUGUAAUCCCAGCUACUCAGGAGGCUGACGCAGGAGAAUCACUUGAACCUAGGCUGCGGAAGUUGCAGUGAGCCGAGAUUGCACCACUGCACUCCAAAGCCUGGGACACAGCAAGACUCCAUCAAAAAAAAAGAAAAAAAAAAAGGAAAAAGGAUUGUAUGUAUAUCUCCAUUUAUUUAGGACCUUUUAAUUUUUCUCAAAUGACAUUUAAUAAUUUUCAGAAUUUAGGUUUUAUACAUUCUCACCUACUUUCUGUUUUUCAAGGCUAUUUUAAAUGAUUUAUUGUUUUUAAAUUUUAUUUUCUACUUUUUCUUGCAAGUAUAUUGAAAUGCAGUCAUUUUUAUAUAUUGACCUGUGUUCUGACAAAAUUUAUUCAUUAGUUCUGGUGGGCACUUGGGAAGACAUUUUAGUAUUUCUUAGGUACCCACUUAUAUCUUCCUUUUCUUGUAUGCCUUUUUUUUCUUGCCUAUUAUAUUGGCUGGCACCUCUAGUACAAUGUGUAUAGAUGUGUAAGAGCAGAUAUACUUCCCCUUUUCCCAAUCUGGGAAGAAAACAUUUAAUAUUUCAUCACUAAAUAUUUCACCAUUAAAUAUUAUGCUAGAUGUAGGUUUUCCCAUAAAGUGUCUUUAUCAGGUUGAGGACAUUAUCUUUUGUAGUGCCACUAAAUUAACUUUUCUGAAAUACUCUUAGUUGCUAAUAAUUUGUCUCAUAAUAAAAUGAAAUUGACAACAUAAAAUUGUUUUCUACCCUUGAGAGGUCACUAAGUCAGUAGAUUGUGAUAUGUAUUACUUCCGAGGGUGUAUUUAUUUCUUGGCACUUAGACCAAGUUGCUUUAAUGCUACAUUUGAUAGUAUAUUUAAAGUGCAUUGAUACUGUCUUUUGCAGCAUUUGGCAUUUUUUUAGAUGAUAAGUAAUUAAUCAUUGUCACUUGCUAGAUAGGACUUUUCAAAGCGCUAGUGAAAUACUCAUAUUUAAUUCAUUGUAGGGAGAUUUAUAGAUGACUGAUAUUACUCUUCACUUGAAUAUAUUAGGAAGUUAAUUUCCCCCUCCCACAAUUGGGAAAUACAUUUCCUAGCUUUUUCUUGUGAAGCUUGUGUAUGCUGAGCUUCACAUAAACUUGAUAUUAGCAUUUUUCAGUCCUUUGAUAGACUCUUUUAGCUGCUUUAUGUGGUUUAUAUUAAAAUUAUGUUAAAUACUUAUUUAUUCGACACCUAUUCUGUGCCCAGCACCACAGUGUAGGCACUUGAGAUGUAAUGGCAAACAAAGCAGAUGUUGCUCCCCUCAUGGGACUUGCAAUCUAGUCAAGAAGACAAAGCUGAAUGAAGUAAAUAAUUAUAAACUAUAAUAAAUGUAGAAUCUGGUCUGGUUCCCUGUGGGAACUCUAGGAAGAUUUCCCAGAGGAAGUGGUAUUUGAACUGAGACCUAAAGAUUGCAUCUGAAUUAAAUAAAAGAAGUGUGAUGGCAUAGUAAGCAGCAGUUAUAAAUAUCCUGAGGCCAUAGGGAACACUGCAAGUAUAUUUGCAACUGGGGGGUGAGGGAUAUGAGUUGGUGGGGAGGUAGAGGUGUUUCAGCUAAUUUUAAACAGCAUAGAAGAGAAAUGAGACUGGAUGGAUACCCGGAGACCAGUUUUUAUAGCACCUGUUAGGAUCUUAUCCUAAGGGCAGUGUAAACCAGUAAAGUAUUUUAAAACAAAGAAGCACACAAUCUGGUUUGCAUUGUGGAAAAAAAAUUUGGAUGGUUUUUUCUUGUGAAUAAUAGAUUGAAGAGAGAUUACAAACAACUCAUGGAGGCCACGCUGGAAGCCACUACAGUGUCUAAGCACAAGAUGAUGCUAGUUUGCUGGGGUAAUGAUAGUGGAGAUGGAGAAAACUUGCCAGGUAGGAGACGUAGUUGAGGAAAUAGGUAAAUUCUGAAUGCAUACAUCUUUUGGUACGUUUUUAAAUUUAUUAAAGCACAACAGGUUUCCGUUAGUCUCUAUUCGUUUACUUUUUGUUUUUGAGGCAGUUUCACUCUGUUGCUCAGGCUGGAGUGCACAGUGGUACAAUCUUGGCUCAAUGUAAGCAAUUCUCAUGCCUCAGCCUCCCGAGCAUCUGGGAUUACAGGCAUGUGCCACCCCACCUGGCUAAUUUUUUGUAUUUUUAGUAGAUACAGGACUGCACCAUAUUGGGCAGGCUAGACUUGAACUCCUGACCUCAAGUUGAUCCGCCUGCCUCGGCCUUCCAAAGUGCUGUAAUAACAUGGUAGUGCAUAUAUCUGUUUGAUAUUGCUGGUUUCCUUUCUUUUGGAUAUAUACCCAGCAGUGGGAUUACUGAAUCAUAUGAUAGCUCUAUUUUUAAAUUUUUGAGGAACUUCCAUACUGUUUUGCAUAGUGGCUAUUUUACUUUUACAUUCUCCCUAACAGUAUAUGAGUGUUCUGUUGUCUCUGCAUCUUCACCAGCAUUUGUUACGUUUUGUCUUUUUGAUAAUAAGCAUAUUCACUAGGUGAAUAUUCACUAUAGUUAUAUAGAGAAUAACCAUAUUCACUAUAGUUAUACAGUGGUAUUGUAGUUUUGAUUUGCAUCUCCCGGAUGCGAAUUGAGCAAUUUUUCAUAUCCUCUUGGCAGUUUAUAUGUCCUCCUAUGAGAAAUGUCUAUUCAGAUCUUCAUCAACUUAUUGGUUAUUCAAGAGCAUGUUGUUUAAUUUCCAUGUAUUUACACAGUUUCCAAAGCUCCUCUUGUGAUUUUUAGUUUUAUUCCAUUGCAGUAAGAAAAGAUACUGAUAUGAUAGAAAUCAUUUUUAUAAAAUCUGAAAUUAUUCUAAGACAUUUUCUGACUGGCAGCCAUCAGAAGAAAGAAGAGAGUAGGGAUUUUAUUUGUUUUAUUCUUGGUUUUUUUGCUCAUUUAUGGUUCAGGGAAUACAUGUACAAGUUUGUUACAUGGGUUAAUUGUGUGUCAUUGGUUUGGUAUACAAAUGAUUUCAUCACCCAGGCAGUGAGCAUAGUGCUCAAUAGGUAGUUUUUCAGUCCUCUCACCCUCCACCCUCCUGUGGAGUCAGCCCCAGUAUCUAUUGUUCCCCUCUUUGUUUCCAUGUGUGCUCAGUGUUUAGCUCUCACUUGAAAGCGAGUAUAUGUAGUAGUUGGUUUACUGUUUUUGCAUUAAUUUGCUUAGGAUAAUGGCCCAUAGCUGCAUCUGUGUUGCUGCAAAGGACCUUAUUUUGUUCUUUUUGUGCCUGCAUAGUACUUCAUGGUCUGUAUGUACCAUGUUUUCUUUAUUCAGUCCAUUGUUGAUAGGCAUCUAGAUCGAUCCAUGUGUUUGCUAUUGUGAAUAGUGCUACAAUGAACACAUAAAUGCAUGUGUCUUUCGUAGAAUGAUUUCUAUUCCUUUGGGUUGAAUGGUAGUUCUCUAAGUUUUUGAGAAAUUGUCAAACUGCAUUUCACAGUAGUUGAACAAAUUUACAUUCCCACUGGCAUUAUAUAAGUGUUCCUUUUUUCCCACCACUUUUCCAACAUCUGUAAUUUUUUCACUUUUUUAUUAUUAUUAUACUCUAAGUUCUGAGAUACAUGUGUAGAACAUGCAGGUUUGUUACAUAGGUAUACGUGUGCCAUGGUGGUUUGCUGCACCCAUCAACCCGUUAUCUACAUUAGGUAUUUCUCCUAAUGCUGUGCUUCCACUAGCAUCCCACCUCCUGAUAGGCCCUUGUAUGUGAUGUUACUCUCCCUGCAUCCAUGUGUUCUCAUUGUUCAACUCCCACUUAUGAGUGAGAACAUGAAAUACUUGCUUUUUCUGUUCCUGUGUUAGUUUGCUGAGAAUGGUUUCCAGCUUCAUCCAUAUCCCUGCAAAGGACAUGAGCUCAUCUUUUUUAUGGCUGCCUAGUAUUCCGUGGUAUAUAUAUGCCACAUUUUCUUUAGCCAGUCUGUCAUUGAUGGGCAUUUGGGUUGGUUCCAAGUCUUUGCUAUUAUGUGCCAGUAAACAUACAUGUGCAUUUGUCUUUAUAGUAGGAUGAUUUGUAAUCCUUCAGGUAUAUACCCAGUAAUGGGAUUGCUAGGUCAGAUGGUAUUUCUGGUUCUAGAUCCUUGAGGAAUCACCACACUGUCUUCCACAAAGGGUGAACUAAUUUACACCCCCACCAAUAGUGCAAAAGCAUUCCUAUUUCUCCACAUCCUCUCCAGCAUCUGUCGUUCCCUGACUUUUUAAUGAUCACUAUUCUAUAGCUGGCAUGAGAUGGUAUUUCAUUGUGGUUUUGAUUUGCAUUUCUCUAAUGACUAGUAAUGAUGAACUUUUUUCCAUAUGUUUCUUGGCCACAUAAAUGUCUUUUUCUGAAAUGUGUCUGUUCGUAUGCUUUGUCUAUUUUUUGAUGGGGUAUAGGAAUGCUUGUGGUUUUUGCACAUUGAUUUUGUAUCCUGAGAGUUUGCUGAAGUUGCUUAUCAGUAAAGGAGAUUUUGGGCUGAGAUGAUGGGGUUUACUAAAUAUACAGUCAUAUCAUCCACAAACACAGACAAUUUGACUUCCUCUCUUCCUAGUUGAAUACCUUUUCUUUCUUUCUUUUGCCUGAUUGCCCUGGCCAGAACUUCUAAUACUAUAUUGAAUAGGAGUGGUGAGAGAGGGCAUCCUUGUCUUGUCCUGGUUUUCAAAGGGAAUGCUUCCAGCUUUGGCCCAUUCAAUAUGAUAUUGGUUGUGGGUUUGUCAUAAAUAGCUCUUAUUAUUUUGAGAUAUGUUCCAUCCUAGUUUAUUGAGAAUUUUUAGCAUUAAGGGGUGUUGAAUUUUAUCAAAGGCGUUUUCUGCAUCUAUCUCAAUUUUUUUACUUUUUAAUAAUAACCAUUCUGACUGGUGUGAGAUAGUAUUUCAUUGUGGUUUUGGUUUGCAAUUUUUAAAUAGUGUUAAGUAUAAUAAUAACCUAUUUCAGUCCUGGUUUCACAACUCUGUAAUUAUAGGCAAGUUAUACUUACUAUUUCUAGUAUCUGCUUUCUUCCUUUGGAAAAUGAUAAUGAUGAUACCAACUUCAUAUAGUUUUAAGGUUUUUAUAAAGGAACAGUAUAUAAAGCACAUAGCACAGUGCUUAGCAUAUAGAAAACACUCAACAAACAUUUUCCAUUUUUAUCUUCAUUUUCCUGCUGUAUUUUAAUUCUGAAAUAAUUUAUAAAUUAUUUGAAAAUCACUUUAAGAAAAGUGCUAAUCCCAUAAGAAAUAUGUUUAAAAUAGUGACUGUUUUCCUGUAGUAAGUCAAAAUAAUCAGAAAUGUUUUUAAUGUCCAUCAAAUAUUUGAUUUUAAUUUGCAUUGUUCUAAUUUAGGUAUGUGUAGCUCAAGCACUUAGAACAGAUUUUUUUAACUAUUUGACCUUUUUUUCAUAUUAGGAUAAAAGGUGGAUAAGCAAUGUUUCUAUUUAUUCUAAUUUCUAUGCUCUUUUGAGAUUAUAUUUGACCUUCAGUAUUUCUCUGAAUAGAUUUGGGUACAGUAGUGUUAGUUCUAUUGCUGUGUACAGUUAAAUACAUCGAACUCAGCAAUUUUUUGUGGGUAUGGUGGGGAUUGGAGAGAUUAGUAAAUGAUUUCUAACUUCUGUUAAUUAAAAUAUAACUGUAUUUUAGAGAGAAAUUAGUAGUCAUAUCACUUGAGUUCAUAAAGACUUGGCAGAUUUUUAAUAAUUAAUAAGUUUUUUCUGCCAAAGAGCAUUAGAUUACUGCUGACUUUUUAGUGUCAUAGUGCCUUGUGGUAAUUUCUUUACAGGGUUUACAGGAGUAUGCCAGUUUAUUUUUUCUGUCCUGUCCAUACAAAAUAAUCCUUUCAAAUGCUAUAAGGAGAAUAACUUGAGAAGUUCAUAAAUGCCUUAAUAUAUUAUAAAGAUCGGUCAGUUCCAUUGUCUUCUUUUGUCAGUCUUGAUCGGAGCUUGCCGAGUAAGUCUAUAAGCCUGCAUGUGCCUGGCAACUGUUACCUAGUGACAGUUUCAGCUGCAGUAGCCAUUGGCUGUGCUGUUGAUUGGGGCAGGAGGGCCGAGUCACCUUUCUGAUGGUGAGUUUUUCUGCAUCAGCCCAGGAUGAUGAUGAGGAGGAGGGCCUGGGCUCAGGUGGAGGCAUUGAUGCUGAGAGAUUGUGAAGAAUAUACAGACAGCAUCCUUGUAACUGCAUCACAGUAAAUCGGACUUCUGAAUCAAGCAGCCCAGCCUAGCAGCUGAUAAGAGUGAAUGUAGGUGAGAAGCAUUACCUUAUUCCUAUAACAAGAGAACUAUUUUGUGAUAGGUGAAACUAGGAAUUUACAAGAAGAAAUAUCCUAUGGCUAUAACAAAAGAAGAAAGACUUGCCUGAAUGACUUGGUGGUGCACCAGAAAAUAACUUUCAGAAGAAUGCUUUCUAUUAAGCUGCUGCAUUGUUCCUGGAGGAAAUGUUUUCAUUUCUAAUGCAUGUUAUUUCUUCAAAAGAUAAGAUAACAAAGAAUGACAAGAGACUCUCUGAAAUGACUUUACUUUUAAAAAGUACUUUGACAAAUGUUAACCUGAUAUCAGAAUGACCUUGGAAGCAUUUUGGAUGGAUUCUAUCCUGCCAGCCUUGCAAUAUUUCAAACUCUAGGAUUUAAACUCAUCUUGAUACUUUAGAGGUAUUUUAAAAUAACACUAUCUUGCAACCUAUCUAAUGGCCCCCGUAUUAAUUGAGCACUUGCUCAAAAUAGAAUACAGAAAUAGAAGAGGCAUUUUUUAACAUAUGGCUGCUACAUAACUGCAAAUGUAAUAAACAAGCUGAGGUGUGUCACUGCUGAACUGAGGCUGAUGAAGAGACUUGAGCACUCUCUGGGACUCUCAGCUGUGACAGAAGCACUGAUACUGUCUACUGAAGCAGGUUCUGAAACACUCAUGUGCAGUGUUUAACAGGACACCUGCUUGCUGUAGCCAAGUCUGCAGGCAUCUUUAAUUUCCAAGCCAUGAAUGAAUCCAGGUGGACUGAAUGGAGGAUCCUGAACAUGAGCACUGGCAUUGUGAAUGUGUCCGAGCAUCACUCCUGCCCACUUGGAUUUGGUCACUACAGCGUGGUGGAUGUCUGCAUCUUUGAGACAGUGGUUAUUGUGUUGCUGACAUUUCUGAUUAUUGCUGGGAAUUUAACAGUUAUCUUUGUCUUUCAUUGUGCUCCACUGUUACAUCAUUAUACUACCAGCUAUUUCAUUCAGACAAUGGCAUAUGCUGAUCUUUUCGUUGGAGUUAGCUGCUUGGUUCCUACUCUCUCACUUCUCCACUACUCCACAGGUGUCCACGAGUCAUUGACUUGCCAGGUUUUUGGAUAUAUCAUCUCAGUUCUAAAAAGUGUUUCUAUGGCAUGUCUUGCUUGCAUCAGCGUGGAUCGUUAUCUUGCAAUAACCAAGCCUCUUUCCUACAAUCAACUGGUCACCCCUUGUCGCCUGAGAAUUUGCAUUAUUUUGAUCUGGAUCUACUCCUGCCUAAUUUUCUUGCCUUCCUUUUUUGGCUGGGGGAAACCUGGUUACCAUGGUGACAUUUUUGAAUGGUGUGCCACCUCUUGGCUCACCAGUGCCUAUUUUACUGGCUUUAUUGUUUGUUUACUUUAUGCUCCUGCUGCCUUUGUUGUCUGCUUCACUUACUUCCACAUUUUCAAAAUUUGCCGUCAGCACACCAAAGAGAUAAAUGACCGAAGAGCCCGAUUCCCUAGUCAUGAGGUAGAUUCUUCUAGAGAGACUGGACACAGCCCUGACCGACGCUACGCCAUGGUUUUGUUUAGGAUAACCAGUGUAUUUUAUAUGCUGUGGCUCCCCUAUAUCAUCUACUUUCUUCUAGAAAGCUCCCGGAUCUUGGACAAUCCAACGCUGUCCUUCUUAACAACGUGGCUUGCAAUAAGUAAUAGUUUUUGUAACUGUGUAAUAUACAGCCUGUCCAACAGUGUUUUCCGGCUAGGCCUCCGAAGACUGUCUGAGACAAUGUGUACAUCCUGUAUGUGUGUGAAGGAUCAGGAAGCACAAGACCCUAAACCUAGGAAACGGGCUAAUUCUUGCUCCAUUUGAAGAAAUCUAUAGUAAAUCAAAUGUAAUCUGACAGUGGUUUUGGAUCAUAUUCUGGAUUCAUCUGGAAAUUUGCCACCAGAGAAAUAUUUACUUGAAUAGUUGACUAUAAAAUGAAGUAUGAGACUAAAGGUUUUUUUUUUUUUUUCAUGUAAGAAGCUAAAGGGAGGGAUGUAUAGAGGGUUAUAUCAUGAAAUAAUUGUAGCAUGUAAUUAUUAUGUGCAGUAAUAGAAAAAAUAAGCACUGAGAUGAAAAAAAGUCUCAAAUCUUCUGCAGGACAUGAGCAAGCCCCUCAGCUUGGUGUUUCUUUCUGUCUGACUGUACCCUGCCUCUGUCUUUGUUUCUCAUUUUAUCUUUCUGUGUUUCUCUCACUCUUUGUGGAAGUUAUUACUUACAUCAAUUGCCCUAUGUAGAAAAAAGCUACAUAUUAUAUAUGUGGCAAAGUAUAAUCUUUUGCAUCAAAGUGUACUUUUAAUCACACUAAUCUACAAUCCAUAAGUGGUCUCUUCGUGGAGGAUGUAAAGUAAGCAUUGCAUUUUAUUACUUGCCAAACAACUCCUUUGUUUGUGUUUUUAUACUCUGCAGUCGUUUUUCUGCUACAAACAAAUAGAAACUGGAUUUUUGUUUCUUCUGGGUAAAACGACAUUUGCUUUUCCCCCUUUUCCUAACAAUCUCCUGUUUUUUUCUUUUUUUUGUCUCCUUUUCUUGAUCUGCAUCCAUUGGUACCUUACUUCAGAAGUGUCUUAGCUAAUGAAAGAAUUUACUGUAUAAAGCAUCCAUAAUGUUAAAUAAUUUAUUUCUUCCAGAAAAGCAAUCUGGUAGCUUAUUAAAUAUUUUUAAUGGCUUUUGGAAACAUUUUUAUCUGGUUCCUUUUAAAUUAGUUUGUGUGCUUAAAAGUGAUUUUUUUUUUUUUUGCUAUAGUAAAGCUUUGUUUUUCUUUAAGAAAACCCACUGGUAAUUCUAAUGCUGAUACAGGAUACUCAUACUCAUCCAGCAGUGAGGUAUUACUCUGAAGAGUAUUUAGAAUGUCCUUUUAAAAAAUAAAUAAAAUAAAACAUGAACCUUUUUGUGUUAGUUCUACGAUAGCUUACUGUGGUGUCCACUAGUCAGUCAUUUGCGUGAUAUGUGUUUGCACAUAUUAUAUUUUUUACAGCAAAGAAAAUGUAAAUUAUGUUAUCUGUGCCUAAUGUUUUCUUAGCAAAAUAUAUAGAUCAAUGUUGUUUAAGUUGUCAACAUUGGAAAAAGUAUAUACAAAAACUUAUUUUAAGAAAAAAAUACUUUUGUGUAAUUGUUAGAUAUUUAUAUUAGACGAAGCUGCAUUUUUAGUGCUGCUGAGAAUAUAAUAUACUUAAUUAUCAAAUACAGGUAAGAGCUGUCAGUAUUUUCUUUUGUAAUGAUCUGUUUUCAGAUGCAGAGAUUAACUUAUUUUUUUGCGUGCUACAUGAGAUUGUGUAAUAAAUUGUCAGGGGUUUAGAUGUAGCAAAGUAGCAUUUGAGGAAUUAGUGAAGCAGGUAUGAACAGUAAAACAUCUAAACAUUACUUUUUUACCAUCAGUUUCUUGCCUGAAAGAUAUUUUAAAAUUUAUAUCAAACUACUGAAUAUUUUUCUUCUCAGCAUUUUUUAUUUCUUUGUUUUAUGAAAUGCAUUUAAUAAAAUGUGCCUAUGACUCUUCAAAUUAGAAGCCAACCAUGUUUGCACCUUGGUGGUUUGGCUUCAAAGGUCUUUUAGUAGAAAUGUUGUCAUUUUAUUGAGGUUGUUCUGAACCCCUGUAUAUUUUUAAACAUGUAAGAAGGUUAAAAAUAAAGAAUAAAAUAAUAUUCUAUAUAUCAAAAUCAGACUUUGCCUUGAUUUAAUAAAACACUUAGGACAAGAGCUUACUUUUUUGGGAAUCAAAAUCUAAUUGUUUUAUACUGUAGUUGGGUUUAUAUUUGUUCUUGUCCCCUGUUUGCCAGUGGCAUCUUGGUUUAAGGGUGCCUUUUAAGUUCAGACCAGUUCAAGGAAAACAUAAAGUUCAUGGAAAUAUAGUGCUGUUAACAUUUCAGAUAUGAUAUAUAAGAUCUUCAAAAUUAUAUGUAUUAUUUGGGAAUCAUAUUUUUAUUUCCUUAGUUUAGGGUGUAAAUAUAGUUAGAAAAGACCCAGUGGAUUCUGUGUACAGAAAGCCUGAGGCCAUGCUUACUGCAUUUUCCCCUUCUGGCUUUUCCCCAUAAUAAGUAACAACAGUUAUUUGCCAGGCUCACUGUUGAGUUUUACAUGUGUUAUACAUUUAAUCCUCACUACAGCCUUUUGAGAUAAUAGUUAUUAUUCCUGCUCCAGAGAUAAGGAAACAAAAAAAAGUGAUUAUUUGUCAGUUAACUAGUCAAUGGCAGAGAUUCCCACCCACCGAGUAGGCCUGGGCCAAAGCCUGCCAACUUUGCCAGUAGGCUGCCCUGCUUUCAUUUCAAAAGGCUUUAAACCUUUGUACCUCUGUCUGUAUCUUUUCCCUACAAUAUUUCUCUGGGUUUUAUUUCUCUUUUUUCAUCGUCUUUGGCUUGAGUUCUUUUCUUGUCUUGUAAUAUCUUUUACUUUGCUCUUAUAAGUUAGUUUCAUUAAAACAGCAAUCUGAUAAGCUGAAACCAGUUUAGUGUAUGUAAUCAAACUGAAAUUCUUGAUAUUCGUUAGGUUUACUUUUGUUAUUUCCCUUGAAUAACUUUUUAAAAUCUCUAUCAAUUUCUUUUUGGAAAAAAAUUGUUUUGAAGAGGAAGAGUAGAAAAGAAAGGCUUUAUUAUAGGCUGAAAGAGGCUGAAUGAGGCAAGUUCUAAAUUUAGUUUUUUUUGUUUACUAUAGUACUUUAUAUACAAUUCUAGAGCAAGCUGCUUAACUUCCUUUUUUUAUAUUUUAAUAUGUUUAUAUAAUAAAAUAAUAUUUUGAAACUUCUCUUUUUAGGUAAUGUAUUUUAAGAAUAGGAAGCAUAACCAUUUUUCUCAUCAUUAUAUUGUAUUUUGUGAUAAUUAUCCAGUUUGGUUAUAAAUGACAGCAUUCUGUAUUCUCUUUCCUAAGGGUUCUAUUAUUUGCAUAGCUGUUUCUAGAGUUAUAGAGUGUUACAAAGCUUCAUAAUUUACACUAUUAGUAUGUGAAACUUGGGCUGAGAUCCAGGCCCUCAUAAACUACUUGGCCUUAGGUAAGAUACCAAAUGCUCCAAAACCUUAUUUUUGGUGCUGAUUAAAAAAUAGUAAGUCAGUGAUUGUAGCUCCCUGUUCAGCUGAAUUUGAGAACUAAAUGGAAUUUUGUAGUCUGUGCCCAGCACAGCUCCUGGCACAUAAAAAAUGUUCAGAAUAUGGUAGAUGCUAUUUUAUUAUCUUUGUGGGUACCUUAUUUAUUAACAUCACAAAUUAAAGGUCACCAACCCCAAUUCAAACAGAAGUAAAUCAUGGAGCAUUAGGGUUUUCUAAGAUAGCAUUUCUUUUUGCAAAUUUAUUUAAACUCAAAAUUUGGGUUAAACUCAGCUAUUUCAAGUAUGUUUUUGAAAGCUUAUUUUCCAGAAACAAUUAUUCAUGAAGACUUUGUUUGAGAUUAAAGAUAUCCAGCAAGCUGAUGUUGAGAUAAGACAGAGGCAUGAUUCUGAGGUUAACCUACCUCGUUACUUUAUUGUGCUAAGUAUGCUUAAACAUUUUAUUCUCAUUAGGGAAGUAAUCAUAGGAAGGAUUGUCCAGGGAUGGCUUAUUAUUUGUCUUUGUGCUUUAAUUUUCCUCAUUGAUUAAAAUGGAAUUUAAGGUAUUUUGUCAUAUAUCUAUUUCUUUGGAGAAACAAUGAUUAAUAAGCUGAUUCGCUCCAUAGAUUCCAUAAAUUAUGUGAAUUUAAAGAUAAGUGAAGUUGCCUUAAAGGACUUUUUCUCUUUCCCUCCCCACCCUAAAAGGUAAUCAUUAGAUGUGAAAAAGAUACAAUUAUAUGAAAAGUAUAUGAAAAAGAUUGAGCUGUGAGGAAUUUGCUGCUGUAACUUUCUAAGCAUAGACAGCAUCAUUAUAUGUGCAGGUGGGGCCCUGUAGGUACACAGGAGCAUGUAUGUGUUACUGAAUGAAUCAGUGCUAUACUCUGACAUGUAGAUUCCAAAAGCUGCUCUUUUCCUUAAGCAGAACUUAACUUUAUUUUAGAUUAAGAAGGAUAUGUAGAAAGUGGUACAUCUUCUAACCAAAUAGAUAUUGAGGAAAACAACAUGGCUAGAAUAGAAAAAAUUUCUCAUUUUAUGAUUUCUCAUACAUGGAAGUUUGAUUCAGUGCUAGUCUUGCUCUGUAUUUUAAAAUAUUCAUAACUUUUUUCAAUAAAGUGUUUUUUAAAUAUUAACAUGAUAUAAUUAAGUUUUUCAUGACUAUUUUGUUUUAAUUUUUUACAAUGAGCAUUUAUAAAAUUUCUUUUAUAAUUAGGAAAAUUAAUGUUUUAUUAAAAAGAAUGCUGAAUAUUUAAAAGCAGUUUAACAUUUCACAAAACAGCUUAUGUUGAUAUUACAAGUAACACUAUCUGAUAAUGUCUCAAUACUGUUUGAUAAAGAUGGGGUAGUUUUCUGAGUUCUAUAAUAUUUGUUGUUUUAUUUAGAUUUUUCAGAUAAACUUGACAACCGUCUACUUUCAAUAUUAGAUGUUCUUGACUUAUUUUUGCUUUAAUGUAAACAGUUUGAGGUAUUACCUGAUGAAUCUGAAAUGGAUCUCAGUCACUGUAGGAUUUUAAAAUGCAUCAUUGACGGCACCUGUCUGCAUUUUUCACAUCUUUAAAUGACAAAAGACUGGCCGUGCGUUAUGAAAUAGGUUCCAUCUGGUACGUUACCUGCAUUUCCUACAUAGGCAGAGUUCUCCAAAGAAUGUAUUUAUAAUUUUUUAAUGGUAACUUUUAUUCUGCUUUUAUAUAUGACUUUCUACAAAGGUGAAGAAAAUAACAGUAAUAAAUUUAGCAGGAGCCUGUUAUGUCUCAAAUAUUUUUUAACGUGAAAGGCACAUGAUAUCGGUACCUUCAUUAUAAUAAAUGGAGCCAAAUUAGUUUUUGAGAUUCUAAAAUUCUAAAGUUUAAGGUGAUAAAUAUUAAGAAACAUAGUAUAUAAUAGAAUUCAUGAAAUGGAAAUAAUUUGCAAAAAUUUGAAAACUUUCAAAAAUGCUACUUAAUGCAAAAGAAAUACCUAUCAUUGUCUUAAACCUUUGGCCCCAGUUUUAUUUUAUUUUCUACUUAAGCAACUGUAAACAAGGUUGAUGACAGUUAAAAAUGGCAAAAUAUGUGUUAUAAAUUAAAUUAUUAUAAUUGCAAGCCACAAACAAGGUACAAAGUUAUAUGAGCUGUUAUUUAAAAUUUUAAUUUAUUUUUGAAUGAAAUGUGGAAUGUAGCAAGACAUGUGCAAUAGUUUUGUUUGAGAUUAUACAUGGCACAUGGAAUGUUUAUGUACAUACUCUGUAAAAUCUAACUUUAAGAUGUUUACUUAAGUUCCCAAUAGAGUUUGAAGUUUAGUAUAAUUAUUAGUAGAUGACACAUUUUUAUACAAAUAACCUCUUCAUAAUUAUUCAUUUACGUUUUUUCAGGAAUUUUAUAAUUAAAAAUGCUGAAUUGGUAAGAAAUUAUUGGAAAACACUGCAAAUUGAAAUUUGGAAAUGCUUAAAAUGCUUUUGAACAUAUAUAAUGCUCUUGACAUUAUAAACAAGGUGUAUUCUAAAAGCUUCUGUGAGUAAAUACUAUCUCAUUUCACAUUUAGAAAUCUGAGAUAAAAUUUUUAAGUGACCCUAACAAGAUCACGUAGUUUGACAAAGAUGCUACUGACCACAUGUCUUGUGCGGCAAUAAUGUUGCGUAUGAUAAAGUUCUUGAAUAAUGUAUUUAUAGAUGGCUGGUAAUGCAGUGAUCUAAUCUUUCUUUCUUGAAAAUAAAGACUUAAUUAUUUGAUAUAGAAAAAAUUCUAUGUGAAAUUUUAUCUUUUAACUUGUGAAGUAGGAAGAAUUAUUUUAAAAUUAACUUUAUGUUAGAGGUAUGAUUUUUGAGAUCACAGAAAUUUUUAAUCAGAUGUAUUAUCAGCCCUGAUCAGUGUUUUAAUAUUUCUUAAAACAGUUUUUUAUCUGUAGAGGGUAAUAAAAAAUUUACCUCUCUUUUUUGAAAACACAGCAUUCAUCUACUGGCUAUAUUGAGACAUGUAGAAUGAAUUGAACAGUGUUUGCUGUGUAUUCUAAAAACUAUAACCUUAAUGAUGAAGACAUCGAAAUCACAUUAUAUUCAUGUACCUACUUUUGGAAAGUACUCAUUUCAUGGUCAUGUACUUUGUGUUUUGAAAUUUUUUUGUAACAGAUUUGCAAUGUUGUUGAGUCAUCAUAGGUUGAAUUUUUCUCAAGCAUUAUGAUGGAAAAGAUUUUGAUGUUUCAGACAGCAGUGCUUUUGUAUGUUUGUAACCUAUAAAAUAUCAGUCAGGGAAUCAGUGAUUAAUUUGAGUUAGUGAUAUAUUAAAUAAACCUUUUAAAUAUGUAAUCAGUUUCUUUCAAUGAAAUAAAUGUAGUUACAGAAAAAUUAAAGGAACUCAAAUUAGGCAAACACAAGAUUGCCUUGUAAGUGUCCUUAGAGGAAGCCUUUCUUUAAGUAGUUUCUAGUGUCUGUAUCAGUUGAAUAAAAAUGAGUUCCCCUGAGUUAUUUGAAAAGUUUAGUCUCUUAAGUAUGUAAUAUUUACAUAACAAUUUUAUGCUACUUAUUAUUAAUAACUACUUAAUUUAUGCUACUUAUUUAAAGAGUUUGCAAGGUGAAUUAUUUCAAAGUCCAAAUUUGGAUUUAAAUCUUCAUUAACCAGAUAUUUUUGCAUUUUGAAUCAACAAAUUAGGUCAAUAAAUAUUGAUUAUGCUAUGUGAAGGGCAUAAAUUGUGGUUCUAUAAUUGUCCUGGACUCUUAAAUCAAGAGUAACUCAUUGAAUUGUGUGAAUUCAACAGCAGGAAGAUUAAUUUUUAGAAUUUGAGGGAGAGAUUGCAGCAAAGUCAUAGGAACUAUGCAAUACAUUGUAGUAUUAGCGGGAUUAAUGCAUUUUAAAAUAUGAAUUGGCUUCAACAUUUAGCCAUGUGUUUGGAUGUUGUAGUUCUAAAGGAUACCACAGGCUAUUUGACAAGUUAUUAAAGUGAAAGGAGAAGAAAUGUUCAAUGUUGAGAUUAGUACAAAAGUGUUGUGAGGAGAAAUACACAAUAACUUUGGAAUGCAGUAUGAAAAAAAUCCUUCAUAUGGAUUAUAUCUGAUUAGAGUAAAAUCAUCACUUUAGAUAUAAAUGAUAAGCUUUGAGAUUGGAACAAGAAUAUUAACAUGGGUAGAAGUAGCUUUAGGGAUUACACACAGGACAUGUUCUAUCAACUUUUUUUAAUUUUUGAGAGGGGGUCUCACUCUGUCACGCAGGCUGGAGAGUGCAGUAGAGUGAUCUUGGCUCACUGCAAUGUCCGACUCCCGGCUUCAAACAAUUCUCCUGCCUCAGCCUCCAGAGUAGCUGGGACUACAGGUGUCUGCCACCACACCUGGCUUUUUUUGUAUUUUUAGUAGAGACAGGGUUCCACCAUGUUGGCCAGGCUGGUCUUGAACUCCUAAACUCAAGUGAUCCAUCCGCCUUGGUCUUCCAGUGAUGGGAUUACAGGCAUGAGUCACCAUACCUGGCUUUAGGCAUCUUCUUAGACCACUUUUUCUAGAGUUGUUUUCCUAAUAUUUGUCUUGUGAUUACAAUUGAAGAUCACUAUAUGCAGGCUAUUAUGACAGGCAAGUUUUAACUUUUCUGUCAAUCAAGUUAAUCAUAUGAUGUAGACCUAAUAUUUUUUGAAUAAUAGAAUUAUUCAUUCUUUUAUCUAAGUAUUUAUUAGGUUCUUACUGUGUGCCAGGGACUGUUCUUAAUUCUAUAUAAGAUAAGGAGAUUUCUAAGUGAAACAGAUUUUCAGUUCUCCAAGAGCACUUAGACUACAAGGGCUAUGUGAACUUUAUAUGGAUACCUAUAAGGCAAGAUAGGAGUUGACAAAUUACAGUUCGUUGACUAUUAUAAAUACAAUUUUAUUGGACCAUGGCAGCACUCAUUCAUUUAUGUAUUGCCCGUGGAUGCUUUUGUCCUACAAAUGGUAGAGAAUAGUUGUGAUGGAGAUGUUAUGCCCUACAAAGCUUACAUAUUUACUGUCUGGCCUUUUAUAGAAAAAAAUUUGCUGACCCCUGGUAUAAGACAUUAUAUUGCCGUUUAUUUGCUACUCACAACAGAAUGCUGUGCUUUUAUGAUUGCUAAAGGAUCUCAUACGAAGGAGUGAUUACUGAUUUCAACCUGAUUCAGUCAGGCUUCAGGAAAAUUUCUAGCAUAGGAGUAAAAACCUAGAUAUUGAUUCCCCCUCUGUGAUUCCAGUGGCUUGUCAACUGAAUACCUGUCUGUAAAUGAAACACAGAUCUAUUUUUUCUCAUUAGUUCUUACUAUUGUAUAGUUAAUCUACAUUACUUAUAUUUAGAUUUCUCCUACUCAGGUAAAGUUCUUUGCAUAUCAAACUUAGUGUCUAGUUUCUUUAUUUAACUACUAAUGUAGCAUAAUCAUAUUUUAUCUUUAAAUAUGGAGUCAGUAGUAAUUAAUAUUCGAUGUAGUCUUUAAACUUCAGAAGAAUUUGUUAAACGUCUCAUCAAUAAAUGAUAAUCUCAUAGUCUAAAAGAGUUAAUUUACUUAUAAAUAAGCAUGCCUCUUUUGUAGUACUCUAAAAGGCAAUAAAACAAAAAACUAAAGGACAGAAGAUCUAGCUGCAUAAAAGUAAAACUUACAUGCAACUCAAAAAAAUAUGACAAGAGAAUUCAUAAUUCAACACCAAUAUAUGACAUUAUUAAUAGGCUCUUGGUAAUAUUUAAGUUAGAAAAUAAAUUGAUAUAGUCAUACACAUGGCUAAGAUGUAUUGCAGUGCUAGGAGUUUUGUUUUUUUGACAUUGUCAACUAAUGAAUGAAAAACAAAGCAAUUUUAAAUGAGCUACAAUUUAUAUUUACUCAAAAUUAAGCCAUUUAAAAAAUCUCAAUGAUUCAGUUAAUCACAGGGAUAUGAUACAUUUUUAUUAAUAUUUGCCUUGACAGUACUAUUGUUUUAAACUAUUAAUAAUCCACUGGGAAGUUUUGGUUUUCUUGUUUAGUAAAUCAGUAAGAAAAUGAAUAUGUGUUCUUGAUGUUUUUCUUGAAAAUACAGUUCACUGAGUCUGUUAGAAUAAAAGGAAACACUUACACACUUGUCCCUUAUUAUCUCUGUGGGAUUGGUUCCAGGAUGCCCCAAGGAUACCAAAAUCCAGAGGUGCUAAAAUGCCUUGUCUAAAAUCAUAUACUAUAGCCUACACACACCCUCCCAUAUACUUUAAAUUAUCUCUAGAUUACUUAUAAUACCUAAUAAAAUGUAAAUGUAGUAUAACUAGUAUUGUUUAGGGAAUAGUGACAAGAAAUGUACAAGUACAUUUCAAGUACAUGUAUAAGUCUGUAUAUGUUGAAUACAGAUGCAGCCAUCCAUUUUUUCCCCUGAAUAUUUUCAAGCAGUGGAUGGUUGAAUUGAUGGAGGUGAAACCUAUGAAUAAUGUAAGACUGACUGUAUGUUGCUUUUAUGCCUUCAGUACUGUUUAAAGUCACUGAGGUAGUAGGGCCAUCAUUGGAACCCAGAUACUCAGAGUGAGUACCUUAAUAAUGUUUAUCGUAUGUUUUCCCUAAACAAAUGAAUAGGAUAAUUUCAUGUAAAAUUGUAUUUUAAAAGAUUGUAAAUGGUCAGAUUUCCAUUAGUUUGAUUAUGAGAGAAAGAUUUCAGAGAAUCAUUAGGUCCUUCUGCCUUCUUCAGAAGAGUCAAUGGACUGGAGGGUCUUAAGAGAAGACCUCAAGGAUGUCUUAUAGAGAUAAUUUGAGUGGCAAGGUAUUGUUUCCACUUUUUUAUAUUCCCACCAACUUGCCCUUCCACAAUUGGCACCUUUUAACUUCUGACAAUGUCGUAAAAGGAUGAAUUAUGGCAAAUCACUAUAAACCUAUCUCAAAUACUUCUAAUUGUCAUCCCUUCCACAUAAUUAACUUUGUUUUUCCUCCUCAUUCAUUUUAGUUAUUUUUAAUUUUCAAAGAAAUAAUGCUCAUGAAGGAAAUUUAGGGAAUGUUAAAAUGUUAAAAAAAGGGACUAAAUUAUUUAUAGUUUUCUUACCCAGAUAUAAUUAGCUGUGAUAAUGACAAGUCUUGAUUUUGGUUUUCUUUUCUUCCAUUUCCCUUCUAUGGAUUAGGGCUUUUUGUAAAGGAUUUUUAAAUGUAGGUAUUUAUAACUUAAACAUUUUUUUAUAUUAUCAUAUAUUGUUUAUGAACAUUUUUGUAAGUAAAGCUUUUCCCACAUUUAGUAUUAUUUUCUUACAACUUUUAAGGAAGAGAUACUGAAGCAAACAGAAUAAAGGUAUUUUAAGACUAUUUAUGUAUAUUGCCAAAUUACUUUCCCAAAGGAGUUAUCCAGUUUAUCUUCACACCAAUAAUGUAUCAAACUAUGAUGAUUCAUCGCAGGCUUGCUAGCAGCAAUUCUACAGUAAUAAAUCAAUUAACGGAAUUUGAUUUUUCACUUUUUUCCCAGCCCCUUUAGGAAAUUUGUUUAGUUCUUUGUGAUAUUUUUCCUUUCUUACACUAAGACAGACAAGACAGACAGACGGACGGAUAUAUUAACUAGGAUGGCUCUGCAGAGCCUCUUUUAAACCAAAUUGUCUCAGACUCUUUAUUUCAGAAGUCUUUAAGCUCAGAUCAUCUUCUCACUAUUAUUAGCUCACCAUUUACUCUGUGCUGCUGUUGCUUUGUUGUUUAAGGCCAUGCAUUAUUUUAAGAACAUUGAAUUCUGUCAAUGCUGUUCUCCCAUUGUUACUGCUAUCAUCAGCAUUGCCUAUUUCAUUGUAUCUUGCGUUUGCCACACAGCCACCUAUGUAUUGGGUUUGAGAAAACCUUCAAAAAUGUUUUCUAUUAUAUUUUUCUGCCUUUGUUGCAGUGGUAUCUCUACUGAAUUUUCAAGGUAGGGAAAGAUAUUUUCCUAAGCAGAAAAUUUAGAGGCCUGUGUCCUUGGAGAGUUUAUGAAUAUCAAGAUUUCAGUAGUUGAGCACUGACCCCAGGCCUCUUAUUGAUACUUAGGAUUUCCCUAACCUGGAGAACCAUGGGAACAGUAUCCAUAGUGGUAGAGGCUGUGGCAAGCGAAUUAGUUUUCACAUUGGAGAGGUCACAGCUGGUGUGGUUGUCUAACAAGCAAACAUGCUUGCAGGUCUCUACUGUUUCUCCUCAUUAUGUCUUUUGCAUCUCUCUGGUACCUCAGAGUGCUUUGUAUAUAGUGGCUCAAUUAUUUCUUGAGCCAAGUACAGAGUACUAUGUAUAUAGUAAGUCAUCUAUUUCUUGAGCCAAAUGAAUUUAAUUGUCAGGGUUAACAGUAUUUCUUGGGUCUCUUCUAGUAGUUCUUUCCCCUCUAACUCACUUGAGGGUAUGGUUGGACUGAAGAUUACUUCAAGAUUCUUGUCCCCAGUGCCUUGCUAUUACUGACUGGGGAAGCUAGGGAAAAGAAUAUUUAAGGAGAGUUGAAUGAUUAUUUAAUAUACCUAUCAUUUAAUAUAGCUUUCCACUUUAACGUUGAGUGGACUUACAGGCUCUUCCUGAACAUGUGUGUGUCUUAAAGGGGGGUGAAUAUACUUUGGGGUAGCUCAGGCUUUUUAGAUAAUGUUUAUUUAUAUUAAGCUGAAAUGAAUAUGUUUUUGGCUUAUUCCCAUUGUGAUUAUAUAGGAAAAAUGAGAAUUUUUGUUUUACCCAACAACCUUCUGUAUACCUUAGUAGAACCAUUGUUUCUGUCCAGGCUUCUCUUGGUCUUGAACCAUUCUCGUAAAGUAUGGUUUUGAAGCUCAUCACCAACUUUUCCCUGAAUAUGCUCUAAUAAUACUUCUUUUAAUGGUGCUCAGAGCUGAAUAAAAUAUUAUGUGUUUGAUAUGACCAGGAACAAAUGAGAGUGAGAGUAUCAUUUUCCCUUGGGUUAUAUACUAUUCUGCUAUUUAUUCAGGCCAGAAAUUAAUUAUAUGUUUUUGGUAGUUAUAUUUUAUCCUUUAAUAUAUUGAGGUUUUUAAAAAUAAAUCCAUAUGUCCUUUUUACAUAUGCUUAAUUUAUAUUCCUUCUCCAUAUAUAUACAAUGGUUUUUGUUUUUUUAAAGAAAUUUUACAUUGUUACCUCCCUUCAACUUCAUCUUGUUAGAGUUGGCUCAAUUUUUCCAGCAUUUCUGAAACCUUUUUUCCAUUUCUAAUACAGUCAUGAAACUUUUGACUUCUGCAAAUAUGAUAUACUUUCUUUUCAACUUUUAGGUUCAGGGGCUACAUGUGCAAGUUUAUUACUUAAGGAAAUUUCAUGACACUGAGCUUUGGGGUAGGAAUGAUCCCAUCAGCCAGGUAGUAAGCGUAGCACCCAGUAGGCACAUUUCAACCCUCAUUCCCCUCCCUCCUCCCUCUAGUGGUCCCUCCCCAGUGUCUGUUGUUCUAAUCUUUUUUUUUUUUUUUGAGAUGGAGUCUCACUCUGUUGCCCAGGCUGGAGUGCAGUGGUGUGAUCUUGGCUCGCUGCAACCUUCGCCUCCUGGGUUCAAGCAAUUCUUCUGCCUCAGCCUCCCAAGUAGCUGGGACUACAGGCGUGCACCACCAUCCCUGGCUAUUUUUUUGUAUUUUUAGUAGAGACAGUUUUUGCCAUAUUGGCCAGGGUAGUCUGGAAUUCCUGACUUCGUGGUCCUCCUGCCCCAGCCUCCCAAAGUGCUGGGAUUACAGGUGUGUGCCACCGCACCCAUCCUGUUUUUCUAAUCUUUAUAUUCACAUGUACCAAUGUUUAGCUCUCACUUAUAAGAGAAAACAUGUAAUAUUUGGUUUUCUCCUCCUGAGUUAAUUUGCUUCUAGCUACCUCUGUAUGAACAGAUAACAAAAGACAUACAUGUAGCCAACAAAGAUAUGAAAAAAUACUCAUUCUCUACAUAUCAUUAGAGAAAUGCAAAUCAAAACCACAGUACCAGUCAGAAUGACUACUACUAAAAAGUAAAAAACAAGUAACAGAUAUUGGUGAGGUUGCAGAGUUAAGGGAACACUUACAUACUGUUAGUGUUUAUUUUAUAAUCAUUUGAUAUAAUCCAGAUACUUGAAUUUGUCAGAUGAGAGGAUUUUAUUUUCUAAGCUUAUACUAUAUAUUGGAUUAUAAAUUUUUUAAAGUCCUUCUGUUUACCUAUUUAGCAACCAAAGUAUAAUUCAAUUUAUGAUUACUUGACAACAUUUACUAUGAGAAAUGUUACCAUUUGUAUUCCAUAACUACACUUAAAAUAUAGAAAAAUUGUAAUACAGAUACCUUUGGCAUUUGGGACAUAUUUUACAGAGAGAUUUUCAAGAAUGCCUUUUAGUGGAGAUUUGUAAAAUGAAAGAUUAUAAUCUUUGGGUUUUUAUUUAAGUGCAGUUCUGCCCAAGGACAAAUGAAUAAAUAGAUGACUUUUCUAAAUAAUCCUUAUAGAGUAAUAAUUUUGUGAUGCUUUCCCCAUCCUUGAUUCAUUGUUCUCCUUACUUGCACAGAAAGCCCAUCUACUCUCAGGGAUUAAACUAUCAUCCUUUUGCUAAGUUUUCCAAAAUAGAACUUUCCAAAUCUAGCCUUGUACCUUUUUUUCAGGCACAUGUAGUAUGCUGCCUUCAAUGAGCCUUCUUAUUCUGGAUUUUUCAUAAAAAUUGAACAAUUUCAAAGAAAAAUCAUUAUUACCAAUUCUUAUUACUUAUACUGCUAAUCUCUUUUUCUUUUUGUUGUUGUUAAUGUCAUUGGUUCCAUUGCCUUCUUAUAUUUUCACUUAAUAGCCCUGUCUGUUUAAUAAAUGUUCAUUAAAAAAAAUGACUGUCUGGACAUUUUCUUCUCCCUUAAUCAUUAUUUCAUUCAGAAUCCAGCUUGUACAAUUCAUUCUUUGCUGUCUUUUAAGAAACCUUCUCUGGGUAACCAGAUCACUUUUUUUUUUUUUCGUUUCUUCCAUAGACAGAUCACCUUUAAAAAAAAUCUUUAUGUAAAGUUUUAUUAUAUUCUCUAUAUAGUUUUAUUCUCUGUGUGUUUUGAAUCAUAGGAACUUUAGGUUAACUGAUACUUAUGGGUACAGCUUCCCUAUGGCUAAAAAUCCUUUCAUAACUAGUAAGGUAGCCUCUUCAAUUAUUAUAAGUUCUUUGACUUAGAAGAUAUUUCCUAAUUAUGAGCCCCAAAAUCUUCUUUCUUGAAAUGUCCACCAUUUGAUCCUAUGUCGUAUCUCUGUAGAAACACAGAAACAGGUCUCCCUUUAUGAUGUAGUUCUUCUGGCAUGUGAAAGUUACUGUUAUAUCUUCCUUCUCAGAUUGAACAUCUUUAUUUCUUUAACACAUUACUAAUUCAUUCAGAAAAUAUUUAUUGAGUAUCUUUUUCUUUUUUUGAGACGGAGUCUCGCUCUGUCACCCAGGCUAGGGUGCAAUGGCACGAUCUUGGCUCACUCUGACCUCCGCCUCCCAGGUUUGAGCAAUUCUCCUGCCUUAGCCUCCUGAGUAGUUGGGACUACAGGCGUGCACCACCACACUGGGCUAAUUUUUUACUUUUAGUAGAGAUGGGGUUUCACCAUGUUGGCCAGGCUGUUCUCAAGCUCCUGAUCUCUGGUGAUCUGCCCACCUCCGCCUUGCAAAGAUUACAGGCAUGAGCCUCUGUGCCUGGCCUGUUGAGCAUCUUUUAUGUACAAGUCACUGUUUAGGUAUUUGGAAUAUGGUGAACAGGAAUGAUAAACUCUUUUCUCAUAGAGUUUACAUCCAAAUAGAGAUAAAAACUAUUCCAGAUUAAGAUGUCAGCAAGUAAAAAAAUAAGAUAAUUUUAGAUUAUUAUUAAUGCCAUGAAAAGAAUAGAACGGGAUAUUAGGGAUAUUAGGAUAGAGAGGUGAUAGAGAUGGGAGGCAACUUCCCCAUGAACUUUGGUUUACAAAUAUUUCAUCAUUUUCGUUGCCUUCCACCAAAACAACAUGCAUGGACUUGGCACUUUUCACAUUCUUAUGGUGAAAGACUUCUGAUCUGCUAAUGUCCUUUAUGUACAUAGGAAAGUAUGGCACUUCUUAGUUAUGUGGGAGAUGAAGCUGUCUGAACUACCAUGUCAGUGAGGGAACUAUUAAAGAAGAUUAGAAAAUUUAGACCUUUUGCGGUUAUUGUUAGACGGAGUGUUCUCUUGCUCAGUGUGCUCUUCUUACAGUGGGACGAGUAGUUGCCAUAUUUGGACAAUGUGCUGCCCUUAGUGCAGCUCCACAUGUAAUUAGCUGUCCCAACAGCAGGUCACCCUAGCUUUGUAGUGAACUUUUUAGGUCUAGAUCUCACCUGUUUGGCACUUGAAUAUAGUUGCAGGGCUUUGCAGUUACUCCUUACUUAGCCCUUCCUUCUACUUUUAUGUGAUCUUUUCUAAUUUUUUUUAUAGAUUUGGAAAGUGUACCUUCUCUAUUGUCUUUAAAGUCAGCAAAAUGAUGUAAGCAGAAGAGUACCUGGGCAGAACUUAGCAAGAAGCUUUCUUCUAAAUUGAUUUUUCUUUAUUUAAUUAGCACAUUUUGAGUAAGGCCAUAUGUCUACCUCAAACUCUACUUAAAUGUGUUAAUAUCUAGUUCCCAUUUUUUCCCUUUUAUUUCAAAUAUUUUAUGAAAUGUUUGCCAAAGAGAGUGAAGCAUAGACCAAGCCUGAUGGCUUGCGCCUAUAAUCCCAGCACUCUGGGAGGCCGAGGUGGGUGGAUCACUUGAGGUCAGGAGUUUGAGACCAUCCUGGGCAACAUGGUGAAACCUUAUCUCUACUAAAAUUGGAAAAACUAGCCAGGCAUGGUGGCACAUGCUUGUAAUCCCAGCUUCUCUGGAAGCUGAGGUAGGAGAAUCACUUUAACCUGGAAGACGGAGGUUGCAAUGAGCUGAGAUCGCACCACUGCACUCCAGCCUAGGCAACAGAGUGAAAUGCCCUCUCAAAAAAAAAAAAAAAAAAAAAAAAAAAGGGCGGGGAUGUGGGAGAGUGGGGAGUAUGAAGCAUAAUGGUUAAUGGUUUAGCCUGUCUUCUAGAGUCAAACUGAAAUGUUGUAUUUUGUCACUUGUUAUCUGUGUAAUACUGGGCAUGUUACCUAACCUCUCUGACUGUUGGUUUCCUGAUAACUGUAUUGUCUUUGUAGGGGUAUGUGAGAUAAUGAUAUAUAAAUCACCCAUCACAGUGUCUGGCAUAUAAAAAAGUCCAAUAAAUGUUAGCAAUAGCAGCUGCAGUCAUUGUUGUUCCUGGCCCACAGAAAUUAAAUAUAGUCUAUUUUGGGCUUUCCAGAUCUAACAACCCUUUAAAUGCAUGUGCGCACACAUAAAUAUAUACACAGCUAGUUUUCUGCCACUUAUUCUUAGGAAUGGACACAGUAAAAACAUCUUUAUUUUUUAAGUUUUAUAUGCCAUCUGUCUAGAAUUUUACUAAAUGAAGCAUCAAUGUUACCAUCUCUGAAAUCCAUAUGUUCUUAUUGAAAGCUUAAAAUUUGUCUUCUCUCUAGUCAUUUAUCAUCUUUUCAGGGGUCUACACUUUCUCAUAAUAAUUCUACCAAAUCAAGUAGGUUUGGCAGAGGUUGCAGUGAGUCGGGAUUGUGCCACUGCACUCCAGCCUGGGCAAUAGAGAGAGACUCCAUCUCAAAAAAAAAAAAAAGAAAAGAAAAGAAAAAAUAGUAUUAAUUUUAUAUUUGAUAUUUCUUUGUAUGAGCCUUGUUAAAAAUAAGACAUGGGCAUGGGAGGCUGAAAAUAAAUUUGACAGUUACCUGGGUAUUUUUUUACUUAACCAUGAUUCUCAGGUCUUUGUCAGACAAAGAGUAAAAUUGUCUCUACCAGGGAAGAGAAGUAACAUUUUUACUAAAUAAAUAUAGAAGUAACUACUAAUAAAUACUAAAUAACAGAGCUACUGUGUGACAAGUACUGUAAAUAUCUAUUGUACAUUCAUAUCAUAUAAUAUGUUUAACCCUUUUAGCAACUCCAUUUCACAGGUGAGAAAAUUGAGCAUCAAUAUUUAAAUAUUGUGGUCAUCACACUCCUACUAAGUGGCAGAAUCUAUAGAAUUUGAAUCCAGUUUUGUCUGACACCAAAACCAUGUCCUUUCUACCUAAUAUUUGCUACCUACCCUACUAUUUGGCAGUUAACAUUAUAGUGACAUGUAUAUUAAAAUGGAACUAAUAAAGAGAAGCUAAUAACAGGUUCUUUUAUUGCUACAGAAGAUAUUUCUAGAGUCAGAGAAUUGAUGAGGAUCCAUGAGUAAAUUUUCCUCAAUAAGGAAACAUUAGCAUUUUAGAAAUAUGAUAAAACCAUGAAAUCUUAGAGUUGGAAGAAACCUUUUGGCUUAUGAGGUUUGUUUUCUGGACACAUAGCAAUUAUAUAUAUGGGAUUAUAUUAUAAAGAAUUAAUAGGCUGGGCACGGUGGCUCAUGCCUGUAAUCCAGCACUUUGGGAAGCCAAGGUGGGCAGAUCACCUGAGGUCACGGGUUCAAGACGAGCCUGGCCAACAUGGUGAAACCCCAUCUCUACUGAAAAUAUUUUAAAAAUCAGUUGGGCAUGGUAGUAGGCAUAUGACUGUGUGGACACAUAUUUCUGUGUAAUAUGAAAGAGUGAAUUUCAAAUAGUGGUUAAUUUCUUAGACUAAUACUGAGUAUUAUUACCCUAAAGACAAAAAAGUUUAAACCCGGAAAAGAAAUCAUAGACAUUACCUCUCUCUCUCUCUCUCUCUCUCUCUCUCACUUUCUCUUUCUGUGUGUGUGUGUCUGUCUGUCUAUCUGCAAAAUCAUUCAAGUUUCUUCUGCUUACAACAGUAAGUUCCAUGGGGGCAGGGAAUUUGUCACAUUCCCCACUGUAUUUCUACCACCUAGCGCAGGAUGCCAUAGAUGGUAGAUGUUAAGUAAAUAUUUGGGGGCAGACUAUCUUGGCUUUGCAGAUAAGUGUUGUACUAAAAAUGAGGGGAAUAUUUUUUCUUUUGAGUAGAUUAUACUGCUAAUCAUUUCAGACUUUUGCUUAAAUAUUUGAGUUUGUUUUUUUCCCUCUCUGAACUUCUAGAUGCCAUUAGCAAAAUGUUUCAUACAAAAGUUAAUAAUGAUGUUUAUCUUUGUGGUAAGUAUACGCUAGUGUGUAUUUAUGUUCCUGUCUUUUUAUCUAGUAAUAGAAAAGUGCAGCUGUUACCAUAUUUUGUCUCUCAUCAAUUGCUAACGGUUAGGUAAGUGUUACUUUAACUUGUAGUCCCAGAUAGGUUUAAAUCUUUGUGCUUAUAUAUAAUUGUUUAUGAAUAUAUUGCUGAUAAGGGAAAUUAUUGUGGUUAUCAAGUGUCAGAAAAUUUCAUGUUUUUGCCUGUAUCUUUCUGGUAACAAGGCCACUACUUUCUGUUAAAUCAGGUAUUUUCUGUGAUGUGAAUUAAUCCUUUAAGCCACUAAUCGAACAUUUCUCAGAAGUGUAAACUAUGGACAGUUUACAUCAGAUUCACUGGUAGUGCUUAUUAAAAUUACAGAUUUUUACCAACUACCUUAGUCCCCCUAAAUCAGAAUAUCUGGAAUGUGGGUCUCUGAAUUUGUGACAAGCUCUGCAGGUGAUUUAUCUGCACUCAGAAGUUUGAGAAUCGUAGUAUGAAACUUUCCUGGAAGUGUCUUGCCCUGGGGAGGGUCUCUAUCCUGGAAGCUCUACAGAAAGAAUCCCUCACUAUAAGCUCUCUGCCCAUUUAAAUUCUAAAGUAGUUAGUCUUAAGACACUGAUUGUGUCAAUUUGAAUUAUGACCAAAUGUACAUUGUUUCCAAAAGCUGUUGGGCUGGAGCAAAACAGGAAUAUCAGAAUUGCUCACUGGACCAAUACUGAAAGGAGACAAAAUUGCAUUCAGUUCCAGUUCCUGACAACAUCCCAGGAAAUGUCUCAGCUGCCUGCAUUGGGGAUUGUCACUGCCAAAAAGGCUUCAUCCCAUUAAAGACAAGUGGGAAGCUAGGUAUUCUAGAACUGAGCUGACUGGAGAAAAAAAAUAAAGUUCUACUUUUUCCAGGUCUCCAAGAACACAGCUUUCUGUGGUACUAUGAGAAUUUCAGCCUAAAAAUUCCUUGUAUGUGAGAUCUUGACUAUAUAAUCAAAUCUUCUCUACAGCUAUGACCCAUCUUGAAUAUUUUACCACUUGCACAGGGCUCCUACUGCAUUUGGCAGGAUACCAAAUGCAUCUCCCCAUCUCAGAGUAGAUGUCAUUCCAUGUAUUGAUCCAUCUUUUUCUCACUUCUCUAUCAUCAGCUGUAAACUGAUUUUGAAUUUCAGGGUUUAAAUCAGGAACCCUUACUUUCUAGUCCCUCAAAAGGCAGUUUAGAAAAAAAAAUAAUUUUACAUAUGUACAGUCUAUGUAAAUUUGUUUGUAUCAGAGAAGUGGUAAUACUACCUUUUAUAUACAAAGAUUGUGAUACUGAGUUACAUUUCCAGAAGUAAUGAUGAAUUUUUAUUCAUGCAUCUAUGUUGUAAUCUCUGGCCUUCCUUGAAUUCAGGGGCAUUCUAAAAUACAGUGUUUUGGUCAGUCAUAGUGGCUCAUGCCUGUAAUCCCAGCACUUUGGGAAGCCAAGGCAGGUAGAUCACCUGAGGCCAGGAGUUCGAGACCAGUCUGACCAAUAUGGUGAAACCCCCUGUCUAUUAAAAGUACAAAAAUUAGCUGGGUGUGGUGGAUGCCUGUAGUCCCAGCUACGUGGGAGGCAGAGGCAGAAGAAUAGGUUGAACGUGGGAGUCGAAGGUUGCAGUGAGCCUAGAUGGCUGCAUUGCACUCCAGCCAGGGUGGACAGAGCAAGAUUUUGCCUGUCUGAAAAAAAUUUUAAAAAUCAAAAUAAAAAAUAAAAUAACAGUGUUUAGUUAGGGAAUAGAGCAUACCAGUUAAUUUAUACUUAGAUUAAAUCCAUGACUUCACUGGCAUUGUGCUCUAGGCAAAUUAACUAGUCUCAGAAGUUUUAUUUUGCCUCUGUGUUUGUCUCAUUUUCUUAGUCAAGAAUUAAGAGUACUGACAUCAUAUAUUAAACUUUUUUGUAUCCCCUGGGGUAACUAAUUAGCAUGGUGGCAUAUAUAUAGCAGGUAUUUAUAAAGAAAACACUUGGAUUUAUUGAUGUUAAUUAUGUUUCAAUACAAGAGCAGUUCAGCUACUUUGCAUGGAUUUCUUUGGGAAGGAUUUACUAUGAUUUCUAUUUAUAUAUUCUUGUAUGUUGUUUUUGUGUUUGAGUUCAUACUUAGCACUUACCCAUCUUCUUCCUGGAGCUUCCUUUUGAGUGAAUGUGAUUAUUGCAUUAAUGGUAUAUUAAUUGUUUUGAAGAAUUAGUAUUUCUUUCUAAUUCAAGCCUAUGAUGUGACUCAGGCUGGUGAUGCAAUGAUGAUAUUAAGACAAUGUUCAUCCUCUUCAACAGGGAAAGUAAAACUAUUCAACUUGCUUUUGAAUACCCAGUAUAACUGUUAGUGAGCAAUUUUUUUAGGAAGGAAAUAGUCUCUUUAUAUAUUGCAAAUUUUGCCAUAUUAAACAAAAUCUUAGAAAAGUCGGUAUUUAUCAGAAUUUAAUACUAGGAAAUUGUUUCAAAAAGGACUUGAACAUAUCCAAAUCAGAGCUAAAUACUAUCACAAAUAGCUCUAAUUUUUUCACCUUCAAGCAAGCCACAUUCGGGUAUCAGCUGCUGGUUCUGUGGUAAGCAGGUAAAGUAGUUGUUCUGUAUACUGUAUGUGUUGGAGACCCCUCCUUGGUGGGCAUUGAAACAGUGGAAACUCAUAAUGAUUGCAGUCUCUUAAGAAGCUUACUUAAUCCGGCUGCAGAGUGCAGAAUUUAUUACAGGAGUCAGACCAGACAGGAGACUGUAAUGGACUAAAUGUAUGUGUGUCCACCCACUCCUGGCAUUCAUAUAUUGAAACCAUAAUCCCCAAUGUGACUAUAUUUGGAAACAGGGCCUGGAGGUGAUAUAGGUUACAUGGGGUCAUAAGUGUGGGGCCUUAAUUGGAUAGGCCUGGUUCCAUUAUAAGAAGAGAAAGAGACAUCAGAGCUCUCUUUCUCUACAAUGUGAAGACACAGUGGAGAAGUGUGUAAUGCAUACUGUAUAUAAGUCACCAUGCUAGAGAAAGUGGCCAUCUGUAAGCCAGGAAGAUCCUCACUAGGAACCGAAUCAGCCAGCACCUUGAUCUCGGACUUCCCAGCUUCGAGAACUGUGAGAAAUAAAUUUCUCUUGUUUAAGAUACCCAGCUGUAUGUUUUUGUGGCAGCCAGGGCAGAUUGGGACUGAGAGAACACUGUCAUAAUCUAAGCUUGAGGUGGUAAGGAGAGUGGCAUCAGAAAAGACACCAAUGAGACGGGUAUGGUGGGAAAGGAAAGAAGGUGGUAUAGGAGUUCAUGGGACCUAGUGGCUGACAGCAUGUGGGGAGAAAGGAUAAUGUAUAUUAUCUGUAUUUCCCAAAGUGGGGAAAAGUUUUGUAAGUGUAAUCCUGUUGAGGGUUCAGCCUUCCAGGCCCCCAGGUUUGGUGAUUUGCCAGAAGGAUUGACAGGACUCAGCAUAUAGUCCUCAUUGCUGCAUUUAUUACAGUGAAAAGAUACGAAGCAAAAUCAGUAAAGGGAAACGGCACAUGGGCAAAGUCUGGAGGAAACCAGGCACACACUUCCUAAUCUUCUCCCAGUUGAGUUGCACAGGAUGAGCUUAAUUACUCCAGAAUCAAGUUGUGAAAGUAUGGUAAAGUGUUAUGUGCCAGAGAAGCUUGCCUGAGCCUCAGAGUUCAGGGUUUUUCCAAGGGCCCAUCACAUAGACACCCUUUGCCUAGAAUGUACCAAAAUUUCAGACUCUCAGAAGGAGUUUAACAUGAAUCACAUUGUUUGCACAAUGGUUUAGGUACAAUAAACCACACUUAUCAGGGAAUAAUGGCAACUCUGCUGAAAUUCAGGUUCCCAGAUGCCAGCAAAGGGCCAACCUUUCAAGCAUUUCAUUCUUUUUUUUUUUUUUUUUUGAGACGGAGUUUCGCUCUUGUUACCCAGGCUGGAGUGCAAUGGUGCGAUCUCGGCUCACCGCAACCUCCGCCUCCUGGGUUCAGGCAAUUCUCCUGCCUCAGCCUCCUGAGUAGCUGGGAUUACAGGCACACGCCACCAUGCCCAGCUAACUUUUUGUAUUUUUAGUAGAGACGGGGUUUCACCAUGUUGACCAGGAUGGUCUCGAUCUCUUGACCUCGUGAUCCACCCGCCUCGGCCUCCCAAAGUGCUGGGAUUACAGGCGUGAGCCACCACACCUGGCCUCAAACAUUUCAUUCUAAGUGUAGUGGUCGCAGACCUGCAAUGUUAACUGUUUUUUGCACAGUAAUAUUUUAAACUCGAGAGGGAACAUUACGUAUAUGUCACUCUGUUUUUCUUAAUGAAGGUUAUGCAUAAUAGAAAAACAUUUUAACCAUAAUUAUUGUCUUCGGUUGGCCACAUGAAAGGAUAUUCUUGAGAAGCAUUAGGAAGAAAAAACAACUCUGAAUACAAUGAAAUGUCGCCAUGCCUUUAAAGUCAACCAUGGAACAGUAUUUUAGGUUAUAUUCUUCUAUAGAGUAAGAGUUAUUUAUACACUAUCUUUAGUAAUAAAUACUUAGGUCAAAGAGUAAGAUGUCUGUGCUGAAAGCACCAUCUCUUGAUGACAUAGGAUCUCUGUAAACCCUGCUGGUGUGCAGAAUUCCUCAUAUGUCAGGUGCACAAUCCCAAAGCUUUCCCACUUUGUACUGCAGGUGCAAAGAGAUUUUUAAAGCAGCAUCUUCUUUUCUUGAUUUUCAUAUAGCAUCUACUGCCCAGAGCACUGGGUGAGUCUCAGAAGUGGGCAGUAGAAAGUGUAGGCUCAAGAACUUCCAGAAAACAGGAUGCUCUGACAGUAUUUUCCUUUCCAGUAUGGCCCUUUCUUUCCUUACAAUGUUACCUCAGAGCUUUCUCUUGCUAGUUAAUAGAAAGAUAGUUUUGGAGCAGACCACAAAUUCCGAGGUAUGGUUUGAGGUAAACAUAAUUUGGCACAUAUAAUUACAUUAUGUUAAACUUUAAAAGUUUUCAAACUUUCAUUUAGUGCCAACAAAAUCUCCUCUAGAAUCUACAUAUAUAAAACAUGAAACAGCUGAGCUGCUCAGUAGGUUGAGUUGAAGCAGGCUGAGGAGUCCUGCAGUCAUCCACCCCUAAAGCUCCUGUAGAGAAAGUUAAAAGUUCUUGGAGAUUGCUGCUCCCCUGUAACUCUGUUGUAUUAGAGAGGAGAAAAUGAGUGAUCAGGAAAUUAAUCUAUAUCCAUUAGUUCUUUCCAGUCCUUACAAACCCUUUUCUAGACCUUCUUUGACUAACUCCAUUUUCUCCUGUAGCUGUUCCUGUAACAUUUUAUAUGAACAUAGUGCUUAUCAUUUUGUUUUAUACAUAAAUGUUUAUGCUGUCUCCCCCGGAGUCCCUAACCUCAGUCUAUUUUCUAAGAUUAAUUUUAGAUCCUCAGUGCUUAGUGUAAUCCUAGUAUAUAGUAGGUAGUUAAUAAGCACAGCAUUAAAAUGAAUAAAUUUAGUCAAUACUUUCCUUGGAAAUCAUUUAUUCAAUUUGUAGUAUCAUUUUGCAUUUUUGAUGUUAUAAUUUCUAAUGGUUCUCUUGUUAAUUUCUGAGAUCAUUUAUUUCUUCAACUACAUUGUCAGCUCUUUUAAAAUCUUUAAUGCCUACUCACCAGCAUGAAACACAGAAUAAUAGAAGCACUUUGGUAAACCAGAGAGAAUUCCAUGGAAAAUGUCAUGACUGUAGCUUUACUUCCUUCCUAGUACCUCUCAAAAUAUUCCUGAUAUGGGCAAGUAAGAGAGAGUGCUCUGCGCUUUCUUUUUUGAGGCCAGUAUGUAAAGAAGCAGUGUGUAACUGAAAUAAAAUGAAUUUGUAUCCAGGAUUUACCAGAUAUUACCUGUUGACCAUGGUCACGAUAUUGACCUUUUCUAAUUCUUAAUUCUGUCAUCUGUAAAGCAGAGAAAGUAAUAUCUGCCUUGUGAUAAGUAAAUGAAAUAACUUAUUAUGUGUUUUUAAUGUAUGUUUAUAUUAAACUUAAUGUAUGUUACAAUAAAUAUUUAAGUAAUAUUAAUAAGUAUCACUUAUCAAUAAAUAUUUAAAUGAUAGCUGUUGUCAUAUACAAGCAGGUGUGAUGAACCUGCUAGUGGUGUUUAAAUUUUAACAUGAGUCAAGAUCACCUUGGGAGCCUGUUCAAUUGCACUUUUAGGUUUAGUAAGUCUGAGUUGGGACCUGCAAUUCUUCAUUUCUGAAAAACUCCUAGGUGCUGCUGAUGCUGUAGUCUACAGACCAUACUUGAAGUAGCAGGCAUUGGAGUAUUCAAGAUUCCCAGUUUAUGUUUUUUUCUUUUAAUAUAUGUUGAAUGAUUGGUUGGACUAUCUUUGGCAGUUAUUUUAUAUUUUCUCAGAUAUUGUGACUGUGUUUUUAAGGUAGUUAAUAAUAAUAUUUUGGACUCAUCCAGUGUUUUGUUUUGAAAACUUUUUUUGUUAGAAUGCCAGGGACACAAUAUAUAUAUAUUUUUUAGUAUUUUGUGGUGCUGGAUAUCUAAAUAUUAGGGGCGAACAAUUAAGGUAAACAUGAUGAUUUUGUCCACUUUUGUAGCUAAAUAGAUUUAUUGAAUUUGAAAGGAUGCCAAGAAUGGAUUUAUGGCAUAUUAAGGCAGAUAAAACCAGGAAUGGUGGCUCACACAUAUAAACCCAGCUCUUUGGAAGACUGAGGUGGGAAGAUUGCUUGAGCCCAGGAGUUCAAGGCUGCAGUGAGUUAUGAUUGUGCUGCUGCAUUCCAGUGACAGAUUGAGAUUCCAUGUCUUUAAAAAAGAAAAUAGGACAGAUCAGAUCUUUGGCCAUUUGCUUUUGCUGUAUAAUUAUCUACAGGCCAAUAAUUAUAAGUAUAAGCCUAAAUCCCCGAUAUUAGAUGAAUAUUAGAACAUUAUAUAUUAUAUUUAUAAUUAGCAUUAUAACUUAUUAUUUAGAAAGACUGUAAAUCUUUCUAAGUUGAAGUUGAAAGAACGCUAUGCUGGGAGUCAGGAGAUGUGAAUUCUGGGUUUGCCUCCAACAAGGGUUAGCAGGGUGACCUUGGAAAGGUGAGAGUUAAUUCACUUUUUCAUGCAUUCAGGAUACUUUAUAAAAAUAACUUUUCAACAAAGUUCUCAGUCUUCUAUGUAAGAAAACAUCUUACCUAUAACAGUUUUCUAACCUUUAGCAUUCUGAGUUUAAAUGUAAAACUAUUAAAUGCUCUGAAAAAUUAAUGUUGCCUAUACUAUUUUUAAUUGUAUUAAUUUUGUUAAGAUUUUAAUAGUAACUUUUGGAGCAGUUUGCUGGCCAGUUGAAUAUCUAAGAUAUUUCAUUAAAUUUGCAUAUAUUUUUAUAAAAAUAUCAAGUAAAACGAUUAUAAAAUUUUUUAAAUUAUACUUUCAGGUAUUUUUCCAAUAAGUGGAAAAUUAUCUAUUAAAGUAAAACACAAAACACAGAGGUUUAUGAAUUCUUUAAUAUUAUACUCUUCAGCCACUAUGUGUAACUCUUUAAAAUACCAUGUUAAUUUGUGAGUACUUCCACAACCCCAAAUUAAAACAUGAAGUAAGAAAAUGGACAUUUGGUGCUGUUGGGAAAUGAUACUUGGUUAAGGAGUGCUUUACUGCAAUGAUGAUAUUUGAGAUGAAGGAUUUGACAAGUUAGUUAAUUAGUCUUUCCUCUUACCUAAGUGAUUUCAUCACUCAAAUCCUCCAGGAAUUCCAAAGCAGCAUCUAUCUCUGUCUUCAGCAGCAGCACAAACCAACCUUGAGAGCAUUCUGACACAUGAUGCCCUUUUAUUUUGAGAACGUAGGGCAAGAGAUGUGCAGAAGCAUUUUCUUGGGGCUUGAAGAUGUUAUUCGUGAGAAUAGAUAUUCAUGGUUACAGAUCACACAGUGUCAGUCUGAGGUCCAGAUGCCAAUGGCAGAAGAUGUUCAUGUGUUCUUCAGUAAAUUUAAUUUGGGUUAUUUGUGAUAGCCAGGGUCCUCUGGAUCACAGGGUUGAUGGCAGUCCCCUCUUUCUUAGAUAUAAGGGUGGUACUGUUUGUGUAUCAUAGUCUUGGGAGCAGAACUGGGUGUCCUGAGAUAUCAAAGUUAUGAAUGUAAUCUCAGCCAGAUUAUUGUAAUUAAAUAUUAUUUGGGUACCAGAUAAAAUGCUGGAAGUUAAUAGUGGGUAGGCUGCUAUCACAAGCCUCCUUAGCUGAUCUAUAUGUUUAAAUGGCAGCCGGAUGAUUAAAGUAGGUGAACAAACAGCUUUGCAAGCUAAAAUUAUGCUUUUCAUAAGCAAAUAACCUCCACUGUGCUGCUUAGCAUCUUGGAGUUGUUCUCUUUUUGGUUGUGGCUACUGUUAUGAUAUUCAUAUAGAGUAAUCAUCAUUGUUUAAUGUUUAGGACUUCUGAGAAAUGAAGUAAGCAUGGAAUUUUUGUCUUAUUUUUAGUGUAGAAAGUAGGAAAGGAAGUAAAUUUUCAGUUUAAUGUUGAUUCAAAGUCAACAAAUAGGUGAUGGCUAUUUCACAUAAUUUUCUGGUAUUUGCUUUCUAUAGCAUUGUUUUCAAACCCAAGUUUUAAGUUUCUCAGAUGGAGUUGAGGUACUGGGCAACUGGACAUCUUUUUCCUGACAGCAUUGUCAUAAGCUGUGUGAUAACUUUUAUGUUUAAAACUAAUGUAAUCAGGCAAUACUGUAAUGUGCAAUAGGAAUCCUUAUAUAAUGUGGAAAAAUAGUAAAAUUAUAUUUAUUUCAGAGGAUAUUGACAUUUAUUUUGUACUGUUUUUACUGUAUCCACAUUAGUAAGAUUUUCAGUAAGUGCUUUGAGAUCAGUUAGUGCUUAAAUGAGUGUUUAGAGAUCAGUCCUUUAGAGAUUUUUUUCAAGUAUUUGUAUAAAACCUGCAUAGUAUAUUUUAUAAAUAGUCUGCUAAUAUAGAUAAGAUUCUCAUAGCUAAGUAGUAAUAAUGUCAUAAACUAGUAAUAAGUUUUAUAAUUACUUAAUAUGAAUCUGUGGUUAAAAGUAUUUAUGAGGCAUCAUAUUUUUUCAAACAGUAUAAUAUUUAUCUAGGAUAUGCAUAUUACCUUUUGUGUUCCCUGUCUAGUUUUCAAGUAUAUCUUUUUGAACUUUAGUCCCUCUGUGACUGAUUUGUACCCCACCUUGUUUCAAAGAAAUUCAAGGGGACUGUCUCUUAAAUUUUUUUUCUUUUUUUUUUUUUGGUUGUUAUAUGUUUUGUGUGUGUGUGUGUGUGUGUGUGUGUGUAUGUGUGGUUGAGACAGGGUCUUACUCUGUUGCCCAGGCUGGAGUGCAGUGGUGCAAUCAUGGCUCACUGUAACCUUGAACUCCUGUGCUAAAGCAAUAUUUCUGUUUUAGUCCCCUGGGUAGCUAGGACUAUAGGUGCGCACUACUAUGCCUGGCUAAUUUUUUAAUUUUUUUUUUUUUUUAGAGAUGGGGUCUCACGAUGUUGCCCAGGCUAAUCUUGAACUCCUGACCUCAAUUGAUCCUCUGGCUUGGCUUCCCAGAGUGCUGGGAUUAUUUAAAAACCAAGGCACCACAUCCAGCCUUGGUUUUUAAAGUCUUGUCAGGAAGUAUUUUUAUUAAAAAUGACACUAUAUUCCAACCUCAAAUGCAUUCAUACAUGGGGAAAAUGUAACUUUUUGAAUGUGUUGAAUUUAUAAAUGAAUAAAUUCUUAAUUAUUAUUUAUAUCUUAAGUGAGCCUUAAAUUAGAGACCAAUAUAACUCACAAACCAUUGCUACCUGUGAAACCUCUCUUUUUCAACUUUUGUCUGUUCUCAAUUGUAUUCUGAAUAACAUCCAUCUUCCAUCAUUAUCAUUAAUAUAAUACUGGUAAGAGUAGAAUGGAAAUUAUAUUACCCUGAGUGUUUUUAAAUUUCCAAAAGAUACUCGGAAUCUUCUCUCUGUGUUUCAACAGGGCCUUAGCUUCGAUUGCUUAUUUUACUAUAAAGUAUGUUUCACAUGUUGGCCACAAUCUCCUUAAAUAUACUUUGCUAUUUAACCGAUGUAAAAUCGUACCCUAGAAAUACCUGCAUCCAAGAAUAACUGCUGUAGACCAAUGUGUCUCAGGCUUUAAUGCAAAUACCAAUGACUUGGGGAUCUUGUUAAAAUGUACGUUCUGAUUAAGCAGGAUUGACAUAGGUCUGAGAUCCUGCAUUUCCAACAAGCUUCCUUGUGAUGCCAUUCCUCCCGGUCUAGGUACCAUACCUUAGGGAGAAAGUAUGGGUUACAUCUGUAUGUCUAGUGCUUCAUAAUGCAUUUGCCAAGUGUUACAGGUCUAACUUGUUCUUAGGCAGUGGUUCUCAAACUUUAGAAUGCAUGAGAAUCACUUGGGAGAAUGUUUGCUCUAAAUUUACAUGGUUGGGCUCCACUCCUCAGAGUCUAUUUUGGUGGGGCUUUGGGACCCAAGAAUUUGCACUUUUGAAAACUCCUCAGAUUUUGAUGCAUAUGGACUAACACCACAAUUUGAGAAACUGAUACUUUAAAGUUUGGAAUUGCUAUAGAAAUUCAUGAUCCCUUCUGGAAUGACAGCUUGUAAAAGCCAAGCAAGGAUACAGUGAAAAGCCCAUCUGAAUGGAGAUUGCUUUGAAUGCCAGUGUAGUAUUUGGUUAAUGGGGAAGCGGUAGUAUAAUUUUGCAUGCUUUUCUUUUCUAUCCCAUUGCCUCAGGCAAUAUAAUUUACUUGGUGUAUAAUUUAUUGUAAUAUAUCAAUGGUGAAGACCAUAGCUUAUUUACUCCCUAAUUAACCCUAGAGGAGUCUUAAUUGGAUAAUUGGUUAGAAAUAGUAGAUGAGUAGGUAUAUUAAAUGUUGCAUGUAUGAUCAGUAUUGAUUCCUCUCUUGGAUUCUGACCAGGAUAUUUACUCUCUCUCUUGGAAACAUCUAUAUCUUUAAUAUUACUUGCUAUUAUAUUUAUCAACUGUCACAAGAAUAGCCUGUUCUUAUAAAAUAUGGAGUUGAUUCUCAUGUGCUUUGUUAAAAGGAAUUCAGAUAACUACUGAGUUGUCAUUUUCAUUUAAGACAGAAGUUAAAUUCUAAAAGUAUGUCACUCAAAGUGAAUUUUAAAAAAUUAUGUCUUUUAAUAACUUUAAGAUUGAUUCUUCAUCUAUUCAUGUCUCUGUUUUAAGGAUGUGGGUGGUAUUUAUAUAAUUCCUAAUUGAUUCUAUGCAAAUUAUUUUAAACAAAAAGGUUAUGUAGAGGUUAUAGUUAUUAGGUAAUCUUGUCAGAAACAGUGCCAUUUAGAAUACUUGGUUCAGCAAACUGUUUAAUGUCAGCCGAAGUGAUUUAAAAGCUUUAUUUAGGAUUAAUCCAUCAUCUGCUUAAAUUUAUUAUCUCAUUUAUUCACUAAUUUGCAUAUGACUUUGCAAUUCAGAAAUUUUAAGCAAACAGUGGUAUACCCAAAAAUGGAUUACAGGAUAAAUUGAAUUAAAGCAAACUGAAAUGCAGUAAAGGCCCACCCUGGACAGAAGCAUGGGAUUAGUGAGCUGUGAUUGCAUCACUCCUUUUCUGCUUCUCAGUCUUUAAGAGCAAGCUUCUUUAUGCUGUCCCUGGAUGGUUUUGUUCCACUGCUAUGAUGUGAGGUCUCUCUUGCUCUUGGGGAUUUAAAGUUUUGUGUCAGAUAUAGAUUUGAAGAUCAUCAUGACCAAACAUAGUUAGUGCUAUUUGAGAAGGAUAUCUGUCACACAAAAUGCUUUAUGGUCACAGAGAUUAGUUCUGUCUGAAGGGAAAGGGGAGAAGACGACAAACAUGCCAUAAUGGGCAAUUAACAUAUAAUCCUUUCAUGGGUGAGGAUACUGGUCCAAAUGACCUUUUUUGGAGUGUCUUUCUGUUGUGAGUUUUCUAGUUUAUUAAUAACCUAAGAACUGUGCCUCAUAGUCCGUAAUAGUCAUACCUCUCAAAACCAAGGUAGUUAGGAUUGGGGAGGAAAAAGGCUCUGCUAAUUUUUAAAGUAGACCUAAACAAUUUACACUACAUAUUUCUUUGACCUGAUUUUUUACUCUUUUGUGUACUACUAAAGCUUUAUCCUUCUGUCCUCUCAAACUUUUUUUAAAUUUUGCUUUACUUAACUACAAAUUUAUCAAAAUAGUCGUUUACACUUGAUGCCAGCCCAGUCUGAAACAGCUGCAAUCUAUGUUCUGCCACCAGCACUUGACUGUGAGUUCUCAUUUGAAGAUUAUCAGUGAUGUACUGAUUAAAACUCCAGUUACUUCUCUGGCUUUGUGUUCCUUCUUCUCUGCCAUAAUUGAAUCAUUGACCACUUUUUCCUUGAAAUUCUCAGUUCAUACCGCUUUCUGUUGAGUGCUUCUCACGCCACCUCAAUGGUACUUGUUAAAUGUCUUCCUUUUCUUCUUUCCUUUAAUUUAGUUGCACAAAGCCCCCACCUGAAAUAUCACCCUCUAUAUUCAUCUCUGCUUAUUAAGAGAUCCUACCUGUGCUAUAAGGCCUGGUUCGUAUGCCAUCUUACCUUUAAAUCUUUGAGCUAAAAUGUUUUCUUAGUUCUGUAGUUUUUCAUCUAAUUUGUACUUGAAGCACUUUUAAGUUGAGUGUUUCCUUGAUAGUAUGAUUGUGUACACAUUUCUUACCUACUCUAGCAGAUGUUAAGAAAAGGAGGAGAGAGAUCAUCACUAUAGCUUCCCCAAUGCUGUGCAUUAUCAGAAAUCUUUAAAUAUGUUUCUCAAUGUACUGUGGUGGGCAGAAUAAUGAUACCCCAAAGAUGCCCAUGUCUUAUUCUUUGAAAACACUGAAUAUGUUAGGUUACAUGGCAAAAUCGAAUUAAGGUGGAAUUAAUCUGGAUUAUGGUAGUGGGCCUGUUGUAAUCAUAAGCAUCACAAAAUAAAAGAGGGAGGCAGAAGAGAGUAAAGAGUGAUAACCUUGUGAGAUCUCAGUUAGCCCUUGCUUUAAAGAUGGAAGAAAAGAACCAUGAGCAAGGAAUGUGGGAAGCCCUUAAAAGCUAGGAAAGGCAAAGAAAAAGCAAGAAAGUAGAUUUCUCCCCAGAGCCUCCAGAAGGAAUGCAGCUGACACCUUGAUUUUGGACGAGAGAGACCCAUGUCAGACUUAUGACUUACUGAACUGUUAAAUAUAAAUACUCUAAAAAUGCAGAGACUGUGGGAUAAGUAAAAUAGGAAAAUAAAUAAACUUAUUAUUCCAAGACUUGCUUAAUUCCCUUUAGAGGUAAUUUGCUCAUUAUUACACUGUUUUUUGGUUGUUUUACAAAGGAAUUCUAUAUAAUAUAGUUAUCUCAAUGAAGAAGGAGCCCUAAUAAGAUAUAUUGAUUUAUUUUUCUUUCUUUCUUUUUCAUGUUGUGAAACAGUCUUGUUCUGUUGCCUAGACUGGAGUGCAGUGGCAUGAUAUGGGUUCACUGCAGCCUCUACCUCCUGGCUCCAGAGCUGGCUGUGAGCCAAGAUCUCACCACUGCACACCAGCCUGAGCGACAGAACGAAACUCCAUCUAAAAAAAAAAUUAUUAGCUAUUAUGAAUAGUGCUGUAAUAAACAUUGGAGUGCAGAUACCUCUUUGAUAUUCUGAUGUCCUUUCUUUUGGGUAUAUACUCAAUAGUGGAAUUGCUGGAUCGUAUAAUAGCUUAAUUUUCAGUUUUUUGAGGAGCCUCCAAACUGUUCUCCAUAGUGGUUGUACUAAUUUAUAUUCCCACCAACAGUGUAGGAGAGUUCCCUUUUUUCCGCAGCUGUUACUGCCUGUCUUGGAUGGAGGCCAUUUUAACUGAGGUGAAAAGAUAUCUCAUUGUAGUUUUGAUUUGUAUUUCUCUGAUGAUAUUAAUUACCUUUAUAUAUACCUGUUUGCCAUUUGUAUAUUAUCUUUUGAGAAAUGUCUUUUCAGAUAUUUUCCCAUUUUUUAGUAAAAUUGUUGGACUUGUCUCCUAUAGAGUUGUUUGAGUACCGUGUAGAUUCUGGUUAUUAAUCCCUUGUCAGAUGGGUAGUUGCAAAUAUUUUCUCCCAUUCUGUGGGUUGUCUCUUGACUUUGUAGAUUGUUUCCUUUGCUGUACAGAAGACUUUUGCCUUGAAGUGAUUCCAUUUGUCCAUGUUUACUUUGGUUGCCUGUUCUUGUGUGGUAUUACUCAAGAAAUUUUUGCCCAGGCUAAUGUCCUUAAAAGUUUCUCCAAUAUUCUCUUGUAGUAGUUCCAUAAUUUGAGACCUUCGAUGUAAAUCUUUAAUCCAUUUUGAUUUGAUAUUUGUAUAUGGUGAAAGAAAGGGGCCAUUCUCAUGCAUAUGGAUUUUCAGUUUUCCUAACAUUUAUUGAAGAGAUUGUCCUUUCCCCAAUGUAUUUUCUGAGCAACUCUGUCAAAAAUGAGUUCAUUGUAGAUAUGUGGGUUUAUUUCUGGGUUCUUUAUUUUGUUCCACUGGUCUGUGUGUCUGUUUUUAUGCUAGUACCUUGCCAUUUUGGUUACUAUAGCUCUGUCAUAUAAUUCGAAGUCAGUAAUGUGAUUCCUUCAGUUUUAUUAUUUUUGCUUAGGGCAACUUUGUCUAUUCUGAGUUUCUGUGCUCUCAUAUAAAUUUCAGGAUUGUUUUUUCUAUUUCUGUGAAGAAUGUCAUUGGUAUUUUGAUAAGGAUUGCACUGAAUCCAUAGAUUACUUUGUGUAGUAUGGACAUUUUAACAAGAUUGAUUCUUUCAAUAUAUGAACAUGCAAUAUCUAUCCAUUUUUGUAUGUAUGUGUGCUCUGCAAUUUCUUUCAAAAGUGUUUUAUAGCUUUCAUUGUAGAGAUUAUUUACUUCUUUGAUUAAUUCCUAGGUAUUUAAUUUUAUUUGCAACUAUUGUAAAGAGGAUUACUUUUUAAAUUUCUUUUUCAGAUUGUUUACUGUUGGGAUAUAAAAAGGAUUUUUGUAUGUUGAUUUUGUGUGCUACAACUUUAUUUGUUUAUUAGUUCUAAUAGUUUUUUGGUGGAGUCUUCAGUUUCAAAUAUAAGAUUAUAUCAUUUGCAAACAAGGAUAAUUGGACUAUUUCCUUUCCAAUUUGAUGCUCUUUAUAUCUUUCUGUUGUCUGACUGCUCUAGCUAGAACUUCCAGUACUUAUGUUGAAUAACAGUGGUGAUAGUGGACCUUCUUGUCAUGUUCUAGAUCUUAGAUGAAAGGCUUUCAGUUUUUCCCAAUUCAGUAUAAUACUAGCUGUUGGUCUGUUGCAUAUGGCCUUUAUUAUAUUGAGGUAUAUUCCUUCUAUCCCCAGUUUUUGGAGGAUUUUUACCAUGAAGGUAUGUGGAAUUUUGUGAAAUGCUUUUUCACCAUCAGUGGAAUGAUCAUAUGGUUUGUGUCUUUAUUCUGUUGAUAGGAUAUAUCACAUUUAUUGAUUUGCGUAUGUUGAAUUAUCCUUGCAUUCCAGGGAUAAAUCCUACUUGGCCAUGAUGAACGAUCUUUCUAAUGUGUUACUGAAUUUGGUCUGCUAGUGCUUUGCUGAAGAUUUUUGCAUAAAUAUUCAUCAAUGAUACUGGCCUGUAGUUUUCUUUUUUUGGUAUGUCUUUGCCCGGUUUUGGUAUAAGGGUAAUACUGGCCUUAUAGAAUGAGUUUGUAAGUGUUCCUUCCUCUUUUAUUUUUCUAAAUAGUUUGAUUCAGAUUGGUAUUAUUUCUUCUUUAAAUGUUUGGUAGAAAUCAGCAGUGAAGCCAUCAGGUCCUGGGAAACCUGGGAAACAUUUUAUUAUAGCUUUGGUAUUGUUACUUGUUAUUGGUCCCUCAGGUUUUUUAUUUCCUCCUCAUUCACUCUUGGUAGGUUGUAUAUGUCUAGGAAUUUAUACAUUUCUUCCAGAUUUCCUAAUUUAUUGACGUGUGUUUGCUCAUAGUAGCCACUUUUGAUCCUUUGAACAUCUGCAGCAUCAAUUGCAAUGUCUCCUUUUUCACUUCCAAUUUCAUUUAUUUGUUUUAUUUUUCUUUUUUUAUUAGUCUGGCUAAAUGUUUGUCAAUGUGGUUUAACUUUUCAAAAAACCAACUUUUUGUUUCAUUGAUCUUUUAUACUGUUCAUGUCAGUUUCAUUUAUUUCAGCUCUGAUCUUUGUUACAUCUUUUCUUCUGCUAAUUUUGGGUUUGGUUUACUCUUGGUUUUAUAAUUCUUUAAGAUAUAUUGUUCGGUUGUUUAUAUGAAGUUUUUCUUCUUCUUUGAUGUAAGCACUUAUCUAUAAACUUUCUUCUUAGUACUGUAUUCCAUAGGUUUUGCUAUGUUAUGUCUUUAUUAUCUUUUUUUAUGAGAUAUUUUUCAAUUUCCUUCUUAAUUUCCUCAUUGUGACCCACUGGUUGUUCAGGAACAUACUGUUUAAUUUCCAUGUAUUUAUAUAGUAUCCAGAACUUUUUGUUAUUAAUUUCUGGCUUCAGUCCAUUGUGGUUAGACAUUUUAUAUCUUUUCAGUUCUUUUUAAUGUUUUAAGACUUAUUUUGUGGCCUAACAUAUGGUCUAUUCUUGAAAAUGAUCCAUGUGCUGAGGAAAGAAUGUAUAUUCUUCAACUGUUACAUGAAAUGUUCUGUAAUAUGUAGUAGGUCCAUUUGGUCUGUAGUGAGAUUAAAUUUGAUGUUUCUUUGUUGAUUUUCUAUCUGGAAGAUCUGUCUAAUGCUGAGAGUGGGGUGUUGAAAUCUCCAGCUAUUAUUCUAUUGGUGUUUGUCUUUCUCUUUAGCUCUAAUAUAUUUGCUUUAUAUAUCGGGGUUUUCUAGUGUUGGGUGCAUAAAUAUUUACAGUUGUUAUAUCCUUUUGAGGAACUGACUGUUUUAUCAUAAUGUUCUUUGUCUCAUCUUAUAGUUUUGUCUUGGUGCCUAUUGUGUCUAUUAGAACUAUAACUACUGCUCUUUUUCGGUUUCCGUUGGCAUGGAAUAUCUUUUUCCAUUCUUGUAAUUUUAGGCUAUGUAUGUCUUUUUAAGUGAAGUGUUUCUUUUGUAGGCAGCAGAUCACGGGCUCUUGUUUCUUUAUCCAUUCAGCCACUUUGUGUCUUUUUUAUUGGAGAGUUUAGUUCAUUUACAUUCAAUGUUAUUAUUGAUAAUUAAGGACUUACUACUACCUGCUUAUUUGUUUUUGUUGUUUUGUGGUCUUCUCAUCCCUCUUUCCUUCCUUCCUAUCUUCCUUUUAGUUAAGGUGAUUUUCUUUGUUGGUAUGAUUUAAUUUCUUGCUUUUUAUUUUUUCUGUAUCCAUUGUAUGUUUUCUGAUUUGAGGUUACCAUGAGACUUGCAAGUAAUAUAACCCAUUAUUUUAAGCCAUAACAACUUCACACUGUUUAUAUAAACAAGCAAAAAGAAAACAGAUUUAAAACUCUGCAUGUUAACUUCAUUCCCCAGGUAGCUAACUUUUUGUUGUUUCUAUUUAUAUUUAAUUGUACUGCCUGUCUUCAAAAAUUGUAGUAGUAGGGCUGGGUGUGGUGGUUCAUGCCUGUAAUCCUAGCACUUUGGGAGGCUGAGGAGGGUAGAUUGCCUGAGUUCAGGAGUUUGAGAUAAGCCUGGGCAACAUGGUGAAACCCUGUCUCAACUAAAAUACAAAAAAAAUUAGCUGGGCAUGGUGGCACGUGCUUGUAGUAGUCCCAGCUACUCAGGAGGCUGAGACAGGAGAAUCCCUUGAACCUGGGAGGUGGAAGUUGCAGUGAGCUGAAAUCACACCACUGCACGACAGAGCAAGACUCCAUCUCCAAAAAAAAAAAAAAAAAAAAAUUGUAGUAGUUACUAUUUUCCAUUGGCUUAUCUUUUAAUCUUUCUAUUUAAUAUAAGAGUAGUUUACACACUACAGUUACAGUUUUGUAAUAUUCUGUUUUCUUCUCUGAAAUGAGUCUGUACUUUCAGUUUAUUUCUUACCACUCAUUAAUGUCCUUUUCUUUCUGAUUGAAGUACUCCCUUUUAUAGAACAGUUCUAGUUUGAUGAAGACCUUCAGCUUUUGUUUGUCUGAGAAAGUCUGUAUAUCUCCCUGAUGUUUGAAGGAUAUUUUCACUGGAUAUACUAUUCCAGGAUAAAAGGUUUUUUUUUUCUUUAGCAGUUUAAAUGUGUCAUGUCACUCUCUCCUGGCCCACAAGGUUUCCACUGAGCUUACUGAGCUCUAGUGUAUGUUAUUUGUUUUUCUUCUCUUGCUGCUUUUAGGAUAUUUUCUUUAUCUUUAACCUUUGGGAGGUUAACUAUUAAAUGUUUUGAGGUAGUUGUCUUUGUGUUAAAUCUGCUUGGUGUUCUAUAACCUUUUUUUACUUGGAUUUUGAUAUCUUUCUCUAAGUUUGUGAAAUUCUCUGUUAUUAUCUCUUUGUAUAAACUUUCUAACCUUAUCUCUUUCUUUACUUUUUUUGUUUUAGGGCCAAUAGCUCUUAGCUUUGCUUUUUUGAGGCUGUUCUGUAGAUCUUCUAGGUGUGCUUCAUUGUUUUUUUCCUAUUGUCUCCUCUGAGUAUAUAUUUUCAAAUAGUUUAUCUUAAAGAUCACUAAUUCUUUCUUCUGCUUGAUCACUACUAUUAAGAGUCUGGUUUGUUUUUCAGUGUGUUAACUGUAUUUUUCAACUCCAGAAUUUCUGCUUGAUUCUUUUUAAUUAUUUCAAUCUCUUUGUCCAAUUCAUGUGAUAGAAUUCUGAAUUCCUUCCCUGAGUUAUCUUGAAUUUCUUUUUGUUUCCUCAAAACAGAUAUUUUGAAUUCUCUGUCUGAAAGGAACCAUAUAUCUCUUUCUCCAAGAGUGGUCCCAGGUGUUCUAUUUAGUUUGUUUGGUGAGGUCAUGCUCUCCUGGAUUGUGUUGAUGGUUUUAGAUAUUCUUUGGUGUCAGGACAUUGAAGUUAGGUAUUUGUUGUAGUCUUCACAUUCAGACUUAUUUGUAACAGUGUUUUUUGGGAAAGCUUUCCAGGAAUUCACAAGGAUUUGGGUGUUUUGAUGUAAGCACUGCCUACAUGAAGGGGCACCCCAAGCCCAGUAAUGUUGUGGUUCUUACAGACUCAUAGAGAUGCCACCUUGGUGGGCUUAGAUAAGAUCUGGGAGAAUUCUGUGGAUUAGCAGGUAGAGACAAUUGUUCUUUUCCCUUACUUUCUUCAAACCAACAGAGUUCUCUAUGUGUUGAGCUGCAUGGAGCUAUGGGUGGGAUGACACAAGUCCCCUUGUGGUUACCACCACUGGGAUUGUGCUGGGUCAGACUUGAAGCCAGCAUAACAUUGUGUCUCACGAAAGGCCCAAUAUGUGUGGGGAUUACAGGCAUGAGCCACUGUGCCCUGCCUACCUGUAGCUAUCUUUACUGAAAUAUUCCAUCAUACCUUUACCAUAUCACAAUAACUUAAAUAUGGUCUCUUUUCCUUUUGCCAAGUAUAGUAAUAGCUAACAUUUGUGACUGUUUAUUAUGUUUCCAGCACUAUGCCCAUUUGUAAUAUUUUGUGAGGAUCAAUGGACUGAAUAUGAGGAAACUGCACAAAGAAAUUAAGUAACUUCCAUGUAUGCUUUGAAGUUCAUUCUCUUAAAUAAGGAAGCUAUAUUGCAUUCCACUGCAUUUUUGCUUUCAGCCCUGUCCUUCAAAACCUUACUGUAUUUGUGUAAAUUCUGUCUUCCCAUGUUCCUGCUCCCCCACCCUCUUUGGUUUUCUGGUCCUUCUCUGUUGCAUGAGUUCUGUUUCCCUCCUUUUAUUACCUGAGGUCUUUCUGGCACACUGAUUCUUGGAGCCUGUUCUUAUACUCCUCUUCCCCUCCCACUCUUUGCCCUUUUGUCAUUGGCAGCUUCUUGCAGAUUCCCUUGCUCUUUUUAUUUUCUCUCUCUCAGUCCAACAAAGACUGCUUACAAAGAACCAUGACCUUGUCAUUUGAACAAAAGAUUCCAAAAACCCUGUGUAGGUUGGUUAUUGAUUUGCUUUACUGAAAAAACUGAUUAGCUACUUCAUCUGUUGUUGAGUAUCUCUAUUAAUGUCAGGGAGUUACAUGUUACAGUAUUAGUAGCUCUGACAGUGACUUGUCUUCAAAUUAAUUUUACUGACUGAUUUUAUCUUAGAGGUCUUAUCUAUAGGGUGAUCACUGUAAUAUCUCUAAAAGGAAAGAUAAAAUCCCUGAAAGUGCAUUAGCUUAGAAGCUUAUUUUAAACAAGUUUUUUUUUUUUUGUAUUUCACAUUUUUAAAGUUCUAAAUUAUGCUUGGAAAAGAUAUCAUUUAGGCCUUUAAGUUUCUUUUGGCUUUGAACUUAUUGAUUUUUAUUUUUUGUUUAGAUUUGAAAUGUGAUAAUUGAGAAGAGUAUAAUCAUUCAGCAAAGGAACAGUUAAGUAAUAUUUGAAUGUAUUUGUAAACCUAACUACAGAUAUUUCCAGAAAUACGCAUAUGCUUUGAUAAAUAUUAAUCAUAUGUGAUUAUAUAUGUAAUAUUCACAUCUUCCUUAGGAAUGCUAGUUAAUAAAAAGGUCUUAUUGAAUUCAAAUUGGUUUUACAAUCUUCAUUUUAAUGAUUUGUCAUUAUUACUGUGUGACUUCGGAAAACCAGAUCUAUUGAACUUAUGGGUAUGGGAAAUACAUAUAUUUAAACUGAAACAAACUUUUAAAUUUAAUUUAAUUUUAUUAUUAUUAUUAUGAUUAUUAUGAGACAGAGCUUCACGUUAUUGCCCAGGCUGGAGUGCAGUUGCAUGCAGUCUCAGCUCACUUCAACCUCUGCCUCCUGGGUUUAGACAAUUCUCCUGCCUCAGUCUCCUGAGUAGCUGGGAUUAUAGGUGUGUGUCACCACACCCAGCAACAUUUUUUUUUGUAUUUUUAGUAAAGAUGGGGUUUCACCAUAUUGGCUAGGCUGGUCUUGAACUCCUGACCUCAAGUGAUCCACCUGCUUAGGACUCCCAAAGAACUAGGAUUAUAGGCGUAAGCCACUGUGCCCCGCCUAAAACAAAACUUUGUGACUUUUUAGCAUCACUUUCUCCUCAUGAAAGCCAAUAAUUGGCUCUUUGAUAUGUUAUCUUAGGAAAUAAAUUUGGUAUUAUUUUCUUUGAUUUCUGUGUGUUUCAUCAAUUCAAGAAGACUUUCCUUCCAGAAUAGUAGUCCUGUAGCUGAUAUUAGUUGGUGAUAUGCUGUGGCCUAUACUGCAGUAGAGAAUUUUUGCUUAUAGUCUAAAUUCCUUUCAGAUACCAUUAGGAAUUAAUUAUUUUAAUAAGUAGAAUAGGUUUUCUAGUUACUAACAAGUUGUAAUUGUUUACACCCUCAUUUUUUUCAAUCUUACAAAAGGCCAAAUUGUCAUAAUAAACAGAUCCAGUAGAACUGGAGAAGAAACUAAAAAUGAGGUUCUUUAUGCAAAAUUGCUAUCACAUAUGCAUUAUGAUAUGGGGAGUGGCUUAGAGUUCAUAUAUUCUUACAGUUUAUAUAUUCUUGAUGAAAUCUUUUACAGAACUUAGAAAUUCAAAUUAAAAACACCCGAUUAUUUUAUGUGGAUUAAUUUUAAAAGUAAUAGCAUAGUAGAAAGAUGAUUGUAAUUGUCAAAGAUUUUCAAAUUAGUGUAUACCGUUGAUAUGACUUAGAACAUUUGGGAAAACUACAGGUAUAUUUUGGCAUAGAAAAGAACAAAAUGUGGAUUAUUGCUUUUACUUUUUUUUUUUAUUUCAAUUUGAUAUUUAUAAAUGUUGAGGUUAUUUUAUAUAGAAUUAGAAAGCUUAGAUUUCUAGAAACAUGGAUUCUUGGCAGUGGGUUUGAGCAUCAGACACACAUUGGCUUGAGUCAGAUCUUCAUCCAUUUCAAGCAAUCUUACCUUGGGCUACCAUUCCCAGCCUCAGUUUUCUUGUUUAUCAAAUGGGAAUAAUUAUAACAAUUAUCUCAUUGAAUUACUGUGAAGAUGAAAUAAAAUGUUUAGCACAGUACCCAGCACUUGUUGAGAGUUAGUAAAUGGUAGUUGUUGCUAGUUGAGAGAUGACAAUGGUUCUAGUGUUGUUUGGUGUGAGGAAAUAAAAUCAAACCUGAAACAUACCUGACAUCACUUUCAUAUCUUUCUCUCUCUGUUGUUAAUCUCUGUUUCUAAGACUCUUUUUUUAAGUUUAUAUAUUAUAAUAAUGUCAAUUUCCGACCCUAAUAACUUCUUAACUGUUUAGAAUCACAGUUAUAUAAUCAUAAAGUUUUAGAGCUGAAGGGAGUUUUGGGAUCAUUUAGUCCAAACCUCUUAUUUUAUAAGUAAGAAAAGUAUGUUCAGAGUAGUGAAGUGAUUUACCCAGUAUAAAUUACUUGUGGCAGCUUCCUUCCUCCCUCCCUCCCUUCCUUCCUCUUUCUUUCUUUCCUUUCUUUCCUUCUUAGAUGGAGUUUCUAUCUUGUCAUCUAGGCUAGAGUACAGUGGCAUGAUCUCAGCUCACUGCAACCUCUGCCUCCUGGGUUCAAGCAAUUCUCCUGCCUCAGCUUCCCAGGUAGCUAGGAUUACAGGUGUGAACCACCAUGCCUGGCUAAUUUUUGUAUUUUAGUAGAGACAGGAUUUCACCACAUUGGCCAGGUUUGAGUAGGCAGUUUUUCCCUCACAGUGUAAACAAAGCCAGUGGGAAGUUCAAACAGCCGCUGUAGCCAGACGGCCUCUGAAAGAAAGGCAGCAGCCCCAUUCAGGGGCUUAUAGAUAAAACUCCAAUCUCCCUGAGACAGAGCACCUUGGGGAAAGGGCAGCUGUGGGUGCAGCUUCAACAAACUUAAAUGCUCCUGCCUGCCAGGUCUAAAGGGAGCAGCAGACCUCCCAGCACAGCAUUGGAGCUCUGUUAAGGGACCGACUGCCUCCUCAAGUGGGUCCCUGACCCCCAUGUCUCCUAACUGGGGGAAUACCUUCCAGCAGGGGUCAGCAGGCACCUCAUACAGGAGAGCUCCGACUGGCAUCUGGCAGGUACCCUCUAGGAAGAAGCUUCCAGAGGAAGGAACAAGCAGUAAUCUUUGCUGUUCUGCAGCCUCCUCUCUGCUUUUUCUCUGAAUAAUACAGUCAUGCAGUUUUCUUUGUUAUUAAAUGUCAGGAUUAUUUUUUUACUUAUCAAUGUAGUUUUCAGUCAUUUCUGCCAUGUUCUUUUUGGAAAACUCUUGAUUGCUUUUUAGUUAAAUAGUACCACAGCCAGAGAAAAAGUGGCUAAGAUAUGAUGACAUUUGAUGAAUUGGUAUGUCAUUUGCCUUUGUGUAUUCUGACCAGUUCUGUAUUUGAGAGAGAUGUUUUCUCCCGGAAGUGCUGGAGAAAUUGUUGUAGCAUAAUUCCUUAGAAAAAUUAUUUAUAGUAUUAUGUUUGUGAAACACAUCUAGAUCAGGGAUAUCUCAGGGAAAUGAUUGUCCUUUCUGAACCAGUGCCACAUAUUUUUAUUUCUAAACUUAUUUUCUUUUCAUCCUGGAAAUAAUGAUAUUAAAAACAUUGUAUGACUAGUGAUCUGUGUCUCUGAUAUACAAAUGAUGCCUAUUUUAUUAUUUCUAUAUUAUAAGCAAGUCCUGUUGUGUUCAUUUAGCUAGAAAUGAAAAAGAAACCAGCACACCUGCAUUUUACAUUUAGUUAAUUUGUGGUGGUAUAGUAUUAUACCAUCUUUUUAAAACUACUGGCAAAUUUUAAAUGUUCAGUGCACUAUUUAGGAAUGAGAAGAGUCUGUUCAGGGCAGGGUAAUUAGAGCAUCUUUGGCUAGAAUAUCUCUGAGUAAAAAUAGCUAAUCUCAAUGUUGGAGUAAGGUAAUUAAGACCUGAAGAAGAAUGAUAAAAACCUUUUGUUCAGAUACCCUUUCUUUAUUUAAGUUUAAUGCCUUACAUUCAAAAUAGUGAAUGCUAGCCUAGAAAUCUCUAUAAAAUUGAAGUAGCCCAUUGAGUACUACUGAGUGAGAUAAGUUGUAAUACCUAUUCUAUAUCCUUGCAGAAGGGAAAUGCAUGUUGUCUAGUAACAUACAGCUUACAAAUUAAGAAACAUUCAUGUUUCUUCUCUUUUGUCUUAUGUCAACUUUAUGUAUAUUUAUAUAUAUAAUCCCCUAACUCCUUCCUCCUCUUCUUUCUUCCUUCUUCCUCAGGUCAUGUACAAGAAUUUAUUAUAGUAACAUAAAUCAAGAUUGUGGGAUUUUAAUGUUCUUCUUAACUCUCUGACAAACCACUUCUUGCCCUUUUUCCUCCCAAAUCUUAAAUAUAGGCAUCUUUCAAUGAGUUGUCUCAGCCUCAUUUUUUCCCCUGUAAUCUAUGCUUUGAUAAUCCUUUAUUCCUACAACUACACUUUAUGCAAUGAUUCCUAAACAUAUAUUCCUGGUCAAGUUUCCUGGACUCCAAAAUUGUAUUUCCAGCUGUUGCCUGGAUUUCUAGAUUUGAAAUAUAAUGACAUCUUAAACGGAAUGACUUCAAAGUCAAGGGUCAUUUUCUAUUUCAUCUAAUCAUCCCACGUCCUCUUCACACAACCUACACUAUCCCCGUUCAUGACACCAUCGGUCGCUUUUGAUAACUUGCAGCAUUUUACACAUCCAGCUAAGGUCAUGUCCAUUCUACUUAUGUAACAUCAUCAAAUUUAUCUCCUUCAUUCUGUUCGCACUGUCCUUGCUGAGGUUGAGGCCCACAUAUCCUCUUACCAGGAAUAUAGCAGCUGCUCUUGAUCUUCAUGUGCUGCUUCACCAGUCCAUUCUACCCACUUUCAUAGAUGUGCUUUCUUAAGAACUGGACUGAUAAUGCCAUUAGUCUGUUAGAAGAUUCCACUGAGCCUUCACUGCCUCUUAAUCUAACACCAGAAUUUUUAGACUUAUUUGCAAGGCCUGUCCCAGUUUAGCUCUUUAGCCUCCUUUUACACACAUGUCAUAUUCUAGAAAAAUGGAAUGGAUUUUUCCCCCUCAGAUAUGUUACAUUAUUUUUCAUCCAUAUGUCUUUUCAUAAUAUGUAAGCUUCAUGAGGGCAAUGAUUUUUUUUUAAUCUCCUUUGUUUACUGUUUUAUCCUUAGCAAGUAAAAGCCAUAUGUCACACGUAGCAGGUACUCAGUAAAUAUUUGCUGAAUGAAUACGUAAGUAAAUGGAUAGAAGAAAGAAUUGGAAGAUAGAUUUCAUGAUACUCACCUACUCCUUUCUGACUCUGGGUUCUGAUUAAGAGUCCUGUAUCUUCUCAGUAAGUUUUCCUUGUUUAAGCCAACUUAAGUGAAUUAUAUUACUUCUAAUAUAAUGACACGUUACUGAGACAGCACAAAAAAGUUAGAAAGGCAACUUGAAUACAGGGACUUGGUUUAGAGACCUAUUUCAUUUUGAAAAGGCUUCUCUCAGUUUUGCUUUGUCAUGCACACACUACAAAUGAAGAAAACACCACUCAAAGGUCAGGUAUCCCACAACCCAAAUAUGUGCUGAAGGAAGAAACAUCCUGCUUUCAAGGGAACAACAAUACCAUGUUUUUGGUUGCAUGUAACAAAGAAAUUUAGUAAGAGAGUCAUGUAUUGAUUACAGAUGUACAGCUAAAUAGACAAUUUAUCCUAAGAUUCUAAUUUAUACACUAAUUAGUCGAUUUUUUAAGGCAAACUAAUUUGGUUGUCAGGCCACAAUAAAGCUAUCCCCAAUAUUUUAUAUCCACAUUCAUUUUCUUAAUAAAUGACCAAAACUUUAGGUAAGAAGCAGAAGCAGAAUAAUGAUGAAAAUGUCAUAGCAAAACUUUGAAGUUUUAACUACUAGUUAUGUUUCUUAAGGAAUCAAGACCUGAGAUGGAAACUCCAGAUUCAUAACCUGAUAAAGUAUUUUCAGGUGUGAUUAGAUGUUUGAAACACCUUUAAAAGGUGACUACAUAGCUUCAGUUAUGUGGGAAAAUGUGAUCAAUAAAGGACAGCUUAGAUUUUAAGCAUGAAGUCAAGAAAUAAAUGUGUUUAUAAGGCACACAAAGCUACAGAUUAAGAAGGAUGGGACUUGUUUCUUUACCAACCAAACACUUAUGCAGAGAUAUGUUUUCAGUGAAACAUAGAUGCUGAUAAAUAUGCAAUUUUCUUAGGUUAUAAAAAUCUAAGAGGCUUAUAUGAGAUGCUAAAUGUUUAUAACUGAAUACGCUUACUCUAAGAAGCACAAAUUUAGAACACAAGGAACUACAACAAAUUAAACCAUAGUUUUUGCCUAAGAGAAAUUAAAAUUUCAUGUUUAUUUUAUGACUACUGGAGCAAUUGUAGGCAUACUGAGCAUGCUUCUUUCAUUUGAUUUAAUUUUCUGACUCUCCAUCCGUCUAUCCCCUGGUUAAAACCAAUUCUCUCCUGGUGGGCUUUUCAAUAACAUAUGAUUUCCUUACAUAUUGUGAAGUGUUUCAGAUGAUUUUUUUCCCAAUCUUUUACUUAUUUAAGAUUUUACUUGACAAAGUAUAAUUGUACAUAUUCAUGGGGGUACAUAAUGAUGUUUUGAUACACAAAAUAUAUAGCAAUCAGUGUAAUUAACAUAUCCAUUGUCUCAGCUAGAUGAUUUUUAAUGAAUAAUAAACUGAUCUUAUUUCUAACUAGUUAGGAAAAAUGAAGAGUUUCUUCAUUAUAUUUAUGCACAACACAAGGAUGCCUAUGAGAAUAUGAGACCAUCUAGGACACAGCAUUUCUAGUGAAGUAUUCUAUUCAUGGUGAUAGCUAAUAACUGACAUUAUUCUCGGGGACAGUAGUGGUGGUAAUAUUGCCACGAUUAUAGCUUCUAUUCACUGGCUUCCAGCAAACAUGAUUCUUGUUAUAUAUUUUCCAAUUAACACUUAAAUAAUAUCUGAAAUGUAUGGUUGCAAGUGUUUUAGCUUGUUUUACUUUACAAUAGGAACACAAGGAAGAUAAGCAUAUACAUAAGAAAUCAGUGCUUAAGACCAUACUAAAAUUUACAUGUUAUGCUAUCAUAAUACCAUCUUCUAAGUGAAGGGGACAAUUGAAAUUUAUCAUCCUGCCAUAUAUGAAAAGACAUGUUUCAAAGCAUAAUGACCACACUGUAAACCUUCACUCUUUCUCUACUUUAAAUUUUCACAUGGAUAGCAGGUCAAACAUUCAGAAUAGGGUAGCCACGUAAAUCAGAAUUUUCAUUAUCUGGAUUUAAAUGGCUCACCUGGUGAACUGGAGGAGGCUUCUAUGGCAAGGGUGUCAAAUGUAUACUUUUCUGAAGCCCAAAAGGCUGAAGACAUUGCUUUAGCCUAGGUCAUUCUUCUCUGAAAAGAAUAAUGAUUUACAAAAAUUAAAAUUAAAAAAAAAAUUAGCCAGACUUGGUGAUACAUGACUGUAGUUUCAGUUACUCCAGAGGCUGAGGUAGGAGUAUCACUUGAGCCCAGGAGGUUGAGGCCACAGUGAACCAUGAUCUCACCACUGCAUUACAGCCUAGACAACACAGCAAGACCCUGUCCUCCCAAAAAUAAAUAAAAUUUGAGCCUAGUAGCUCUUGUCAUUUGCCACUUUUCUAGACUAAAUUAUUAUUGUAGGCUAUACCAUAUUACUGACAUAUUUUGACUAAUGUAACAAAUGCUUUUCCAACCUAACAUUUUUCACAGUUUAUCUCUUUUGAUUUGGAAUUUCUCUUAAUGUUAUACUAACAUUAUCUAAAAUAGUUUUAUUUAGAUAAAAUUUGUUAAAAUGGAUAGUACAAAUAACAUCUUUGUUAGGUCUGUAACUAACAGGGAAUAAAUUUGAAGCACACUUCAUGUGAAAAAUUGUAAAGCCAAACUAAAAAUUGUGAUUAUUUUGUAAUGAUACAUAGUGUCACGAAAGUCAAAAGAGGAGAGGAUCAUGAAGUGAUCCUUCUAAAUGCGCUCACUAAAAAGUGAUAGCGCUAAAUGCUGCUGUUUUUUUAAAGAUGAAGGUUCAGCUAUCAGAGCAGAAACCUAAAAGCAAAAUCUGAAAUUAAUAAAUCAAGAAAUGGCAACAUAAGCAUAUGGCUACUUAGGAAUAAUUAUGAUUAUUGGAUAACAAGUUGCUCUGGAAAGAUGACUCAUGAGCAACAGUGGAGUCAUGGGCUGCUUUGUGAUAUUGGAUUUUGAAAUCAUGAAGCGUUUGUUAUAUUUUAAGCCAAAAAAAAACCCAAAAACCAGUCAGGGAGGGAUCUUUGUGUUGGUAGGAUUCAUUUGCCACCUUAAAAAAUUUAGGUCAGGAGAGUGGGUUAGAAGCCAGACUUUAAGGAGACAAGAAAUGGAGAAGUGGAACAGCAGCCAUAGACCAGUUCCUCAAGAAGCUUGACCUGAACGAAUUAUGUAGCAGUUAAAGACCAUGAAAUAGAGGAGGGUUAUUUGCUGUCAGUUAUAACUUACGCAGUUUGCUGACUUUUAUAAUGAAUUAAACAUAUGUACUUGUUUAUACAUUGCACUGCCAUUUACCAUUUGCUAAGUCAAUGCGUGAGAACAUAGAAGCCAAGAUUAUAGUCCCAGGAGCCUCAGUUUCACUCUGGAGUUUUCCCUCAGCAAAGAUUUGCUUUUCCUGGUCCUUUUAUCUUUGCUAACCCUGGUUUCUAGAUCAAGAUGAUUUUCCUUCUUUGUUUUCACACAACAUUUUCAAUCACACUACACUCUUUUCAGUCACAAUUCUUUCUGACAGGUUUUUGAUUGGAUCCAGAUUUGUGGGCUGGGCCCUGGGAAUCUAAUUCCUAUGUCUAUUGCAGUACUUCUGAAACAUUUUAGUCUCAGACCUGCUUUAUAUGCUUAAAAAUUAUCGAGGACCCUAAUACUUUUUGUUUAUCUGGGUUUUGUCUUUUGAUAUUUUCCAUAUUAGAAAUCAAACCUGAGAAAUUUAAAAAAUGUUUUUACCUCAUUUAAAAUAACAUUAUUGCCCAGGCACAGUGGCUCAUGCCUGUAAUCUCAGCACUAAUGAUCCUCUCUCCUUGGCCUCCCAAUGUGCUGGUAUUACAGGUAUGAGCCACCAUGCCUGGCCCUAUAUUUUUCAAUAUUAAUUUGAAGAACAUUCUUGAAUCAGUGACUACUACUUGAAUAUAAAGGACAAAUUUAGAGUUAUCAAGACUCAAUAGAUAAGUAUAGUAGAUAAUAUUUACUGAGUACACACUGUGUGCCAAGCUCUGUGAUGCAUACUGUAUGCAUUUUCUCAUUUAAUCCUCAAAACAGGUUUAUUAUAAUUACUUUCACUUUAUAGAUGAGGAGACUGGCUUACCGAGGUUUAAUACCUAGUCCUAGUUAAGUGGCAGAGCUGAGACUUCUACCCGUGCAUUUGAACACUGAUUUAAAAAAAAAUUAUUGGUGUUGGAAGGCUGAUGCAGGAGAAUAGCUUAAGCCUGGGAGGCAGAGGUUGCAGUGAGUCAAGAUCACAUCACUGUACUCCAGCCUUGAUGACAGAGCGAGAUUCCAUUUCUCAAAAAAAAAAAAGAAAAAAGAAAUUAUUGGUACUUUAAAACAUGUGUUACUAUAGUCCUUUAUUCAAGUGUUAGCACAGAAUUCUUUUAAAAUGUGAAGCUAAUGAAUUAUUCCAAAGAAAAACUUGUUAGAAAGUCCUUAAAAUUUCACUAAGGGGAAAGUCUCAGAUACAGACAUGAAUAAUAUUUCUCUAAGGUAUAAGAUUAUUAUUAUUAAUGAGAUAUGUGGAUGCAAUGUAGCAAUCAUGUGUUAUUAAAUAUGUUUUUGUGACAUUGAUGAGUUAUACAUUCAUGGGAAGUAUUACAUAAGUUUUUUAUGGAAAAAUUUAAAAGGAUUUGUUUAAAUCAUUGUGAGUACCAAAUCUGAGAGAAGCACAUCUUUUGCAAUAUUUUUAUAUCUCUGAAAAUUUUUUCUUAAAAGCCUCCAUCUUUAAGAGAGCUAGAAGUUCUCUCUGGAAAGGGACUAGACCAGUAAUAAAACAUUACAGAUCUGGAGUCAACAGAUUACAUCACUGCAGUUCUAGACGGGUAUUGAUAUAACUUCUAGAAAGAGAAGUUUAAAAAAUUCCUGUAUCCAUAUAAGUAGAUUCUGUGGAAAUGCAUUGUAGAAGUCAGAGCUGUACCUGUUAAAUUUCUCCCUUCCUUAUUAUGAGGUGAAAAAUCAACUAUAGCUAUUGAAUGUAAGUGCUAUUUGAUUAUAGUAGAUAUUUCCAGAUGUACCCCAUUCAACUCAGUAAACCAGCUUCUUUCAUGAAGCAAUGUGUUCCAGUCCUGAGGAAUGUUUGUCUUUAACGUAUCAUAUUGAAAUUCCUUCUUUUUAUUUUAUACCUUUACACUGUUGACAUUGUUUUGGAAGUUAUUUUGCACUGACAUAGUUCUUUAUAUUUGCACUGACAUUGUUCUUUAUAUAUGUUUGUUAGAGUUUAGCAGUUAAGCGUAUUACUAAAUUUUUUUUUAAUGUUAAAGCUAGGUAAGAGUUUUAGGUAAAUAUUUUGUGGUGUCAAUGGAUACAGAAGGUUUAAAUCAUUUGUCUUUGUCUUGAAAGAAUUGGAUCAGCAUUGCUGUCAUUACAUCAGUGGUUUUCAAUCCAGGUUGUAUAUUAAAAUCGCCUGGGGGAAGUUAAAAACAAACAAAAAUGCACUUUAAAAAACGAAAACCAAAAAACAAUGCCAGGCCCUGAGAUUCUGAUCAACUGAGAUUCUGAUUUAACUUGUCUGGGACAAGGUCCAGGCAAGAGCAUGUUUCAGUUACUGCCCAGGUGUUUCUGAUGUGUGACCAGGGUUGAUGGUCACAGGAUUGAACUAUUUGUAUACAGCCUCCCUCUGAAUCUGUGGAGGAUUGGUUUCAGGACACCCCCAGACACCAACCUCCAGGAUGCUCGAGUCUCUUAUAUUAAAUGGUGUGGUAUUAGCAUGUAACCUACACAUAUCCUCCUGUAUAAUUUAAAUAAUCUCUAGAUUGCUUAUAAUACAUAAUACAUUGUAGAUGGUAUUUAAAUAGUUAUUAUAGUGUAUUUUUAUUUGUAUUUUUUAUUACUCUAUUGUUAUUUUUUUCCUGAAUAUUUUAAAUCACUGGUUGAUUGAAUUUGCAGACACAGAACCUGUGGAUUGGAGGGCAGAUUGUAUUCUGUAUUCAUCUCCUCUUGGGCAUUAAAUAUACUUUAGUAUAGCCCUGUUGUACAGUUCAAGGAGAUACCAUUCACAUUGUGUUCUAUAUGAAUGGCUCUUCCUUCAGGGAUGAAUGGUGCCUUCUGGAGUUGGCAGUUAGUUGUAUAAAUAAGCUAAUGGCUUCAGUGAUUGCUGUUAGAGGAAUGUGCAAUAUGGCAGUAGCCUUCUUCAAUUCUAAUGUACACAUGACUCCCUUGAUAGCCACUCUAUUUAAAAUUGGUCAGGUGUAUACAACAGCAAGACUAGAAAAUGUCUGUGUUUUGCUGUAGCUGAGGAUUUAAAAGAUCCCAAGAGGAAUGAUGGGAGCUGUGUAGGAAUUAAAAUUUGCUUGAGGUCUCAGAACUAAGAGCAUGGGGAAUGGUCCAUGAUAGCUUUUUUAUCAUCGCUGAUUAUGGAAGUAUUAUAGAAAGCUUAUUGUAUUAGUCAGGGUUCCCUAGAGGGACAGAACUAAUAGGAGAUAUAUAUAUCUGUAUAUCUAUCUAUAUCUAUAUACACCCUUUUUAUUUGUAUUUUUGUAUAAACUCCCAUGUUUAAGUGUGUAUGUGUGUGUGUGUGUGUGUAUAUAUGGAUAUAUAUAUAUGUGUGUGUGUGUGAAUAUUAAUUAUUAACUUACAUGAUUACAGGAUACCACAAUGGGCUGUCUGCAAGCUUGAGGAGCAAGGUGAGACAGUCCAAGUCUAAAAACAUAAGAACUUGGAGUCUUAUGUUUGAGGACAGGAAGCAUCCAGCUCAGGAGAAAGAUGUAGGCUGGGAGGCUGGGCCUGUCUCUCCUUUUUAUGUUUUUCUGCCUGCUUUAUAUUUGCUGGCAGCUGCUUAAGUUGUGCCCACCAGAUUAAGGGUGGAUCUGCCUUCCCCAGCCCAGUAACCCAAAUGUUAAUCUCUUUUGGCAACACUCUCACAGACAAACCCAGUAUCAAUACUUUGCAUCCUUCAAUCCAGUCAAGUUUACACUCAGUAUUAAUCAUCACACUUAUCUUUCUAAAAUAGAACAGGAAAGUAUCCCUGAUUGUAACAACAGAUGCCUCAUUAAAUGCCAUUACAAUAAAGAAUACAUGGUAUGUCUGUUGAGUCUCUUGCUAACAUUACAAACAUACAUUGCUAACUGUGUGUAGGUUCCCUACAUUUUAAUUAAUUAUCAGUGAUGUAAAAAUCACUGGCCUUUAACAACAGUUUGAUUUCAAACCCAUUAAUGAGGCUAAGGCAAAAUGUGGCUUUAGUAGUCUCUCAGCCCCAUUGUGUAUUCUUUAUUGUGGCGAAUAUCAAAACAGCAGUUAAUUAUAGUAGUACCAUUUCUGUUCUUCACUUCAUUAUCUCUGUCUUGCACUAUUAUUUUCUGUUGCUGCUGGCUAUACAGCAUCAGGCCUGGCACCAGUGAAGUGUGAACACAAUGCCAGCACUGCAUUCAGCACAAGAAUAGAAAGGCAGAUGGCAGAUUGUACUAUUUAUAGUUGUAGCCAAUCUGCCUGAGGUGAGCCCUGCUGAAAUGGUUCUUAUCAAGAAUGUUUUCAUUUAUUAAAGGGAUAGGAAAUGAAAGCCAAAUAAAACGUCUCCGUCUUCAGGACUCUGAGAGCAAAAUUCUUGCUAUAGAUUUGCAAAGCAAUUCCAAGUAUUGAUUAGACAUUUAUGAACUGGAAAAUUAUAUAUUUAACUCGCUAGUCCCAAAAAGAGACUUUAGGCCAGCAGCAACUUCACAGCAGUACUUGAGGAAUUUAUUGUUUAGUGAAGUUGUGCUGCCAUAGCAACUGAUGCAGAGUGAAUUUUAAUUAUUAGGAUCACAAUAAGCUUAUGAUGCAAAUUAAUUAUUUAACAACAUCAAGCGUAUAAACUGAAUUGUUUUUACUUUCUCACUAAUCAUUUCUUGACUGCUAUAGAAAGAGCACAAAAUAACUGUUUCACAUUGGAUUCUUUAUAUUGUUUUAAAUAGUUUAUUGUUUGAAACUCCAGUAAAUAUUUUAGAAAUUCAAUUAGUGUGUUGAGAUAAACAUUGUGUUCAAAAUUAAAAUGGCAUGUGAAUAAUCUGGGCUUUCUUAUCCUCUAGGCAUCUGAUUUAAAAAGUGUUUUAGUCUCUGCCAGGCAUGGUGGCUCACUCCUGUAAUCCCAGCACUUUGGGAGGCCUAGGCAGGCAGAUCACAAGGUCAAGAGAUUGAGACCAUUCUGGCCAAUAUGGUGAAACCCCGUCUCUACUAAAAAUAAAAAAAUUAGCUGGGCACACUGGCAUACCCCUGUAGUCCCAGCUACUCGGGAGGCUGAGGCAGGAGAAUUGCUUGAACCUGGGAGGCAGGAAUCUGUCUCAAAAUAAAAAAUGUGUUUUCAUCUCAAGAACAUAAUGAGUUGAUAACUAAAACACCCUUUUGAAGAACCCGGGUGGUUCAUAUAAUCUCAAAUGUAGCAGUGAGUUAUGAUAGUGGCUAAUAAAAUUUAUAUUCCACAGAAAAGAAAAACCUUAAUUAUAGGCUAAAGAAAUUAAUUUGAUUCAGUCAUAGUAAUUAAAGAAAAAUAUUUUGAGUGGAUGUAUUGGAAUCUAGAAGAUUAUUUAGCAAUAUUCUAAAUUAUUGCAAAGCAUUUGUUCACUUUUAAUAAUGGUAAAAUCUGUCAUGUGAGGUUAGUGAUUUUAUUUAGAUAAAAUGAUUAGUUUAUUGGAAAUUUUCAUUAGAUGAAAUGAUUAGUUGAUUGUAAAUUUUUUCAGUGGCUUACACUUUGAUAGAAGAAGCUUAUAGAAAACUAGGUUUUGAAAGGGACAGCUACAAUCUAAAUUUAGAAUUAGAUUUCUUGCUUCAUAAGCUUUGCAUUUCUUUUCAAAAUAUAGCAAAAAAGCAAAAAGAACUUCUGGUUAGAUACAAAGAUAUGCAGAUAGCUCAUGUCUUUCCUGAUGCCCUUCUAAGUGUGAAGAGGUUUUUAAAUAAAUAAACUUUCAAGGGCAAAGAAAAUUAGAGUGGAAAUAAGUAAUAAAAUUUGGAAGCUAGAAGGCAGGUGGAUGAGUGCUAACUCACUUAGACCUGAGGAAUCACAAUUGUAAGUGUGUAGUGGGGGAAAACUGACCAAAAUAACUGAUUUAUUUACCAACAUCUUAUACAACUCAGAGAUUGGAAACACUAGGGACUUCUGGAAGUAGGAGUUAAAAUGAGAUUAUAAACAGGAGAAUUGAUUUUGCAAACUCUUUAAGAAGUAGUUGGUUUUCAAGAUCCCAUCCUCCUCAUCAUACAGCUAGGCCAUCAUACAGUAAUGCCCCUCCUACUUGGCAGAAGCCUAAAGGCACAUAUUCUGUAGAGGGUAAAAUAUGGUUGCCAGGACUGUGAAUAUUGCAGAACAGUAGAAGGCAGAAGGCAGGUGUGUUAGGCCAUUCUUGCAUUGCUGUAAAGAAAUACCUGAGUCUAGACACAGUGACUCACACCUGUAAUCCCAGUGCUUUAGGAAGCCUAGGCAGAUGAUCAUGUGAGCUCAGGAGUUCAAGACUAGCCUAGGUUAUAUGGUAAAACCCCAUCUCUACAAAAAUUUGGCUAGGCAUGGUGGUAUGAUCCUAUAGUCUCAGCUACUCAGGAGGCAUAGGUGGGAGAAUCAUUUGAGCCUGUGAAGUUGAGACCUUAUCUUUAAAAAGAAAAGAAAUACCUGAGACUUAGUAUUUUAUAAAGAAAAGAGUUUUAAUUGGAUUAUAGUUCUGCAGGCUGAAAAGGAAGCAUGAUGCUGGCAUCUGCUCAGCUUCUGGGAUAGCCUCAGGAAAUCUACAAUCAUGGCUGAGGUGAAAGGAGAGCAAGCAUGUCACAUGACCAGAGCAGGAACAAGAGAGAGAGAGAGAGAGAGAGAGAGAGAGAGGUGGGAGAUGCCAUACAUUGAAGAGGAUGGUGCUAAAUCAUUCAUGAGAGACCUGCUCCCAUGAUUCCAUCACCUCCCACCAGGCCCCACCUCCAACACUGAGGAUUACUUUUCAAUAUGAGAUUUGGGCCGGGCCACACACCCAGACUAUAUUAACAGGUGAAUCCUAGAUUGAAUCAGAGAUGGUACAUGAAAUUUUUGCCUGUUGAGUGUUGAGACUUUAGUCUUCUGUUAGCCCUGAGCAUAUACAAUUGAAGCAAGAGACUAGAAUUUUCUCCGGCAAAUUUAAGAAGUCCAAGAAAUAAAGGCUUACAAAUUCCCUGGGAAUUCCCCAAAGAUAAAGCUCAGUCACAUCAUCCUUUAAUGACCACAACUGUCAACAACAAGCCUCAUCCAUUCUAUUGGCCUCCCACUUAGCUUUUCAGUGCCCUAUUCUUAAAUAUAAGCAUACGGUCAAAUGUCAUUAGGCAUUAGAAGACAGCAUUUGACUUUUUUUAAACAGAUCAAAACAUAAAAAAGCAACUUGGAUAACAGACUAUGCAGGGAAGAGAAAAAGACAUACAAAGAAGCUAAACUAAAAUUAAUAUCUGGGGAGAUGAUAGGAAAUGAAACAAAAGGAAGAUUUUAAUUGAUUUAUAAUGUUAUAUUUAUGGGAUACAUGUAAGUAUUUUUAUAUGCAUAAAAUGUGUAAUGAUCAAGUCAGGAUAUUUAGGAUAUCAUCGCCUUGAUGAUUUAUCAUUUCUAUGUGUUGGUAGCAUUUUAAGUCCCCGCUUCUAGUUGUUUUGAAAUAUAUGAUAUACUGUUGUUAACUGUAGUCACUCUAGUCUAAUAUCUACUGUUAUAACUUAUUUCUUCUAUCUAGCUGUAGGUUUGUACCCAUUCACUGACCUCUCUUCAUUUCCACCUCUCACCAUCACACUCUUCCCUGCCCCUGGUACCUCAUUCUAUUCUCAGUUUCUAUGAGAUCAAGUUUUGUAGCUCUUACAUCUGAGUGAGAACAGAGGGUAUUUAUCUUUCUCUACCUGGGUUAUUUCGCAUACCAUAAUGACCUCCUGUUAUAAUCACAUUGGUACAAAUGACAAGAUUUACAUCUUCUUCAUGGUCGGGUAGUAUUCCAUUGCAUAUAUGUACCACAUUUUCUUUAUUCAUUCAUCCGUCAGUGGACAGUUAGGUUGAUUCCAUAUCUUUGCUAUUGUGAACAGUUCUAUGAUAACAUGCGAGUACAGGUAUAUUUUUGAUAUACUGAUUUCUUUUCCUUUGGACAGAUACCCAGAAGUUGAAUUGCUGGAUCAUAUGGUAGUUCUAUUGUUGUUUUUUUUUUUUAAAUUCUUGAGUUCCUUGAAUAUUCUGGAUAUUAAUCCCUUGUUAAAUGAAUAGUUUGCAAAUGUUUUCUCCCAUUCAAGAAGCUGUCUCUUCACUGUGUUGAUUGUUUCCUUUACUAUGCAGAAGCUUAUUAGUUUUAUAUAGUCCCGUUUGUUUAUUUUUGUUUUAGUUUUUGUAAUUUUAAGGUCUCAGCUAUAAAAUCUUUGCCUAGACCAAUGUUCUGAAAUAAUUUGCCUAUGUUGUCUCCUAUUAGUUUCAUAGUUUUGGGUCCUACUUUUAAGUCUUUAAUCCAUCUUGAAUUGUUUCUUGUAUGUGAUGAGAGAUAAUGGUCCAGUUUCAUUCUUUGGCAUAUGGGUAUCCAGUUUUCCCAGCAUCAUUUAUUGAAGAAUGUGUCCUUUUCCCAGCGUAUGUUCUUGGUGCCUUGGUCAAAAAUCAGUUGGUUUUAAAUAGGUGGAUUUAUUUCCCUUUUUUUGUUGUUCCAUUGGUCUUUUUGACUGUUGUUACUAUAGUCUUGUAAUAUAAUGUGAUGUCAGGUAGUGUGAUGCCUUCAGCUUUGUUCUUUUGCUCAGGAUUGUUUUGGCCAUUCUGGCUCUUUUUUGGUUCCAUACAAAUUUUAGGAUUGUUUUUACUAAUUAUGUGAAAAUGAUAUUGUAUUUUUACAGGGAUUGAAUUAAAUUUUAGAUUGCUUUGAGCAGUAUGAUCAUUUUAACAAUAAUAAUUCUUCUGAUCCAUGAGCAUGGGUUGUCUUUCCAUUUGUUUAUACCCUUUUCAAUAUUUUCCAUCAACGUUUUAUAGCUUUUUUUGGUGGUGGGGGGGUAGAGAUUUUUCACUUCCUUAGUCAAAUGUGUUCCUAAGUAUUUUAUUUUACUUUUUAGCUAUUGUAAAUUGGAUUGUCUUGAUUCCUUUUUGGCUAUUUCAUUAUUGGUAUCUAGAAAUGCUUCAUAUUUUUGUUUGUUGAUUUUGUAUCCUGAAACUUUAUUGAAUUUGCUUAUCAACCCAAGAUAUUUUUUUGGUGGACUCUUAGUUUUUCUAAAUAUAAGGUUAUGUCAUCUGCAGAGAGAGACAAUUUGACUUCCUUACUUUCAAUUUGUAUGCCUUUUAUUUAUCUCUUGACUGAUUGCUGUGGCUGGGACUUCCAAUACUAUGUUGAAUAGGAGUGGUGAAACAGCAUUCUUACCUUGUUUCAUUCUGUAAAGGAAAGGCUUUCAACUUUUUUCUUUCAGUAUGAUGUUAGCUAUGGGUUUUUCAUGUAUGGUCAUUAUUAUUUAAAGAUAUAUUCAUUAUAUGCCUAGUUUCUUGACAGUUUUUAUCAUGAAAGGAUGUUGAAUUUUGUCAUGUUUUUUCUGUAUCAAUUGAAAUGAUCAUAUGGUUUUUGUCUAUCAUUCUAAUGAUAUGAUGUAUCACAUGGAUUGAUUUGCAUAUGUUAAAUAAUCUUUGGAUCCCUGGUAUAAACUCCACUUGAUCAUGGAGUUUAUAUAUUAUUUGGUUUUCAUUUCCCUGUUGAUUAGUGAUGUUGAACUUUCUUUUCAUAUACCCAUUGGUCAUUUGUAUCUCUUCUUUUUUUUUUUUUUUUUUUUUUUUGAGACGGAGUUUCGUUACCCAGGCUGGAGUGCAAUGGCACGAUCUCGGCUCACCGCAACCUCCGCCCCCUGGGUUCAGGCAAUUCUCCUGCCUCAGCCUCCUGAGUAGCAGGGAUUACAGGCACACGCCACUGUGCCCAGCUAAUUUUUUGUAAUUUUAAGUAGAGACGGGGUUUCACCAUGUUGACCAGGUUGGUCUCGAUCUGCCGACCUCGUGAUCCACCCGCCUCGGCCUCCCAAAGUGCUGGGAUUACAGGCUUGAGCCACCGCGCCCGGCUGUAUCUCUUCUUUUGAGUAUUGUCUAUUCAUAUCCUUUGCCCAUGUUUUAAUGGGAUUAUUUGUUUUUUUUAUUGUCAAUUGAGUUUCUUGCAUAUUCUAGAUAUUAGUCCCUUGUUGGAUGAAUAGUUUGCAAAUAUUGUCUGGUAUGCUGUCAAAUUUGGUUUGUUAGUAGUAUGUUGAAGAUUUUAUGUCUGUGUUCUUCAAAGAUAUUGGCCUGUCAUUUUCUUUUUUUUGUUACAUCCUUGUCUGGUUUCAGUAUCAUAGUGAUGCUAGUUUCAUGAGGUGAGUUAGAGAAAAUUUGCUUCUAUUCAAUUUCUUGGAAUAGUUUGAGGAGGAUUGGUAUUAGUUCUUCUUUAUUUGUUCAGUAGAACUCAGCAGUGAAUCUCUCCAGGCCUGGCUUUUCUUUGUUGGAAGACAUUUUAAUUACUGCUUUAAGUUCUUGUUACUGGUCUUUUCAGGUUUUCUAUUUCUUUCCUGAUUCAAUCUUGGUAGGUUGUAUUUUUCUAGGAAUUUAUCCAUUUCCUCUUAACUUUUCCAAUUUCUUAGUGUAUAGGUACUUAUAAUAGUCUGUUGUGAUCUUUUGUAGUUUUGUGGUAUCAAUUGUAGUGUCUCCUUUUUCAUUUUUUAAAAAUUUGGGUUAUAUCUCUUCAUUUUCUAGUUAGUCUAGCUAGUGGUUUAUCAAUUUUAUCUUUUUAACCAAUUUUUCAUUUCAUGAUGCUUUGCAUUGCUUUUUUAGUCUUUAUGAGCUCUGCUCUUGUCUUUAUUAUUUCUUCCUUUCUGCUAAUUUGAGGUUUGGUUUGUUCUUGCUCUUCUAGUUUCUUGAGGUAUGUUGUCAGAUUGUUUAUUUAGAAUCUUUUUACUUUUUAAAUGUAGGCAUUUAUUGUUACAUAUGUCCCUCUUAGUACUGCUUUUGCUGUAUCCCACAUGUCGUGGCAUGUUGUUUUUUCAUUUUCAUUUAUUUCAACAAAUUUUUUUAUUUCCAUAUACUGUUUUUAUUGACCCAGUGUUCAGGAGCAUGUUGUUUAAUAUCCCUGAAUCUAUACUUUUCAGCAUUCCUUUUGGUAUCAACUUCUAGUUCUAUUUCAUUCUGGUCUGAGAAAAUAUAAGAUUUCUAUUUUUCCAAAUUUACCAAAACUUGUUUUGUGCCCUAACCUAUAGCCUAUCAUGGAUAAUGUUCUAUGUGCUGAUGAGAAUAAUGUCUGUUCUGCAGUUAUUGGAUAACAAUCUCUGUAAAUGUCUGUUAGGUCCAUUAGGUCUAAAGUCCAGUUUAAAUCCAAUGUUUCUUUACUGAUUUUCUGUCUAGAUUAUUUAUCUAAUGCUGAGAGUGGGGCAUUGAAGUCUCCUACUGUUGUAUUGGAGUCUGUGUCUCCUUAUAUCUAGUAAUAUUUUAUUUAUGAAUGUGGGUGCUCUAAUGUUAGGUGCAUUUAUUAAUAUAUUCAGAACGAUUAUAUCCUCUUACCCUCUUCCUGGAAUACUUACUUUAUCAUUAUAUAAUGAUAUUACUAGUCUCCAUUUUUUUCACUUUGUUUGACCAAGGUCUGUUUUAUCUGAUGUAAGCACAGCCUCCUGCUUUCUUUCAGUUUCUUUUCGAGUAGACUAUCUUUUUCCAUUCCCUUUACUUUCAUUCUAUAUGUGUCUUUACAGGUAAAGUACAUUUCUUGUAGACAGCAUAUAGUUGGGUCAUGUUUUUUAAAAAUUUAUUCAGUGAGUCCGUAUCUAUUAAGUGAAGAGUUUAAUUCAUUUGUAUUCUAGGUGGUUAUUAAUAUAUAACAUUUUAUUCCUGUCAUACAGUUAAUUGUUUUUAGUUGUUUUGUAUGUUUUUUGCUCCUUCUUUUUUGUUUGUCAUUGUAGAUUGGUGGUUUUCUGUAGUUGUACCUUUCUCUUCCUCAUUUGUGCUUAAGUUUUAUACUUUUGUGUAUUUUCAUCAUGGUAGAUGGUUGUCAGUUUGCUUCCAGUUUUAGGACUUCCUUGAGUAUCUUGUAGGGCUUGUCUGGUGGUGAUGAAUUCCCUCAGCUUUUGUUUGUCUGGGAAAGACUAUUUUUCUCUUCAUUUUCCUUCACUUUUUAAGGAUAAUUUUGUUUGAUAUGGUAUCCCUGACCGGCCUUUUUUUUUCUUUCUUACUUUCUUUCACUCUUUCAGCACUUGGAAUACAUCAUCCCUUUUUCUCCUGGCCAGUAAGGUUUCUGCAGAGAAAUUCAUUGUUAGUUUGAUGGGUUUUUUUUUAAAUUAUAGGUGACUAAACACUUUUCUCUUUUUGUUUUUUUAGAAGUAUUUCUUUGUCUUUGACUUUAGACAAUUUGACUACAAUGUGCUGUGGAGACUAUUUUGUCUUGUAUCUGUCUAGGGAUCUGAGAGUCUCCUGUAUCUGGAUGUUGAAAUAUCUUGCCAGAGUUGGGAAGUUUUUAAUCAUCUGUUAUUUCAUUAAAUAGGUUUUUCUAACCUUUUCAUUCUCUCUUUGCCAACUGGGACUCUGGUAAUUCAGAUAUUCGGUCAUUUUAUUAUGUCUAAUAUAUCACAAAUGCUACACUCAUAUUUUUCCCUUUUUUUUUGUGUGUGUUGUUUCAAAAGACCUUUCUUCUGCUUGAUCUACUCUGUUGUUGAAGCUAUCAAAUGUAUUUUAUAUUUCAUUCAGUGAAUGCUUCUGUUCCAGAACUUCUCUUUGGUUCUUUUUUAAUGAUAUCUAUCUCUGGUAUAUUUCUCAUUCAUGUCCUGAUUUUUUUGUUUGUUUUUUGUUUUGAGAAGUCUCUUAUAUCUCACUGAGCUUCUUUAGAAUUGAUGAUUUAAUUUUCUGGGAUUUCAUGAAUUUCUUGUUGAUUGGGAUGUUUCUGGGGAAUUAUUGUGUUUCUUUGGAGGUAUUAUAUUUCCUUGCUUUUCCAUUUUCCUAUGUUAUUACAAUAAUAUCUAUACAUCUCAUACAAUAGUUGCUUCAUUCUGUUCCCUGAAUUUCUGGCUUUUAUAGAGGAGGACUUUUCCUGAAAAUGUAUCUAUGGUGUUGGUUGGUUAGGACACUUUGGCUUUGAUUCUGCAUGCUAGUAGUAUAGCCUUUGUAUGAUUUCUUCAAAUGUAAACAACAUCAAUGGUAUUUCUGUGAUUUCUUUAGUAGCUUAGGGUGUAGUUAUUAGUGGAGGUUGUGCUGAAGUUUUUAUGGGGAUUUGGAUGCCAAAUAGUUCCGUACUAGGGCCUUAGGGGUGGCAGUGGUAGGUUUGGUGUGCCUGUUACUGGGCCUCAGUGUUGCAUACACUGGCCCUGAUAUUGGCACGUCUAAGUAGCCCAAUACUUGGGCCUCCAGGUGGCUUACCCAGGUGUUGAAACAACAUUGGUUCAGACAAGUGAGCAGGUUCUUGGGCCCCUGGGCAGCUAGUGUGGCAUAGGCAAGGCAGUGACAAUGGCGGGACAAACCUAUGGCUCCUAAGCAGUAUGCUUUUGUAUUGGGUUUCUACAAUGGGAUGAAUAGGCAAGUCUCCAAGCCUGCAGGCAGCAUGUGGUUGUAGAUGUUAGCUGUGGUGAUAUUAGUUAGAUGGAUAGGUCCACCCUCAGGCCCCUGGGAGUAGUAGUGCUCAGAUGCCACAGAUGCCAACAAUGGCGGACUGAGCUGAGUACUCCCUGACCCCCAGACUCUGUGCUCUGGCAUGGAGAAGGCAAAGCUUGGCCAGGUGGGCUUGUCCUCAGGCCCUCUGAUGGUGAGUGCAGGUACCAGCCAUGUUACGCAGGAGUGGGUCAAUCCACAUGCUCUUGGCAGAAUGCUCAGCUGGCAAGAGGCAGCAGUUGUGCUGCUGCCUUGCUACUGGGGAGGGUGGGACUGCCUUCAGUGGCAGACAGCAUAGGCCUCCCAGGCGGCAAGGCAGCAGCACAACAGCCUUGCCACUGGGUGUACUACUUGCACGUCAGCCCCAGUGGUGCUUGUGCCUCAGCCUCCUGUGCAGUAGCCUGUAAGCCACACAGGCAGCUGACAUAAUACGUUUAAGGUUCAGCCCUGGCACUGCCAGGUUCCAGGACAGUACACAGUCUGUGGUAGACAGUACUCAAAAAUGGUACCUUGCUAUAGCUGUUUAGAUCUCAGGGAGUGUGUGGGACCCAGCAGGAGCUCCUUCCCUCCUUGGAGCAGUGUUGUUGCACAAUAUCAAGGCAUCAUCCUCUGUUAGUUUCAGAGCCUGUGAGGAUGGAGGGGCUCUCCAAAAGUUAGGAUUGCAGGAGUUCACGGUGUUAAUGUGGACUGCUGAGAAUCUUUCAAUUACCCUUUCCCCACAUUGGGGAGUAUCUCUCAGCCCCCAGCUGAUCCCAGGCAAGCAAUUCUCCUGCCUCAGCCUCCCAAGUAGCUGGGAUUAUUCCCUAACCUGAGGAAAUAACUAGAAAUCAUUUAUUUACCUGGAAGAGAAAGGAGGAUUUCUCUAAAGCAUUAUUCUCAAAGUUUAGGUUUGAUUAGAAUCACCUGGAGAGCUUGUUCAAGCAUAGCGUACUGGGCCAGAGCCUCAGACUUUCUUAUUCAAUACAGCUGGGAUAGAGCCUGAGAGUCUGCGUUUCUAACGAGUUGCCUAAUGAUGCUUGUCAGGAGCUCAGCUGAGCUGGUCCAGAGAGAAGGUCCUGAGCUGCAAGUGUCUGAGUAGUGUAUUGAAGCAAAAAGCCAAAAAUAAAGAUUUAAGCCUUUAGUCAGGUACUGCUAUGGUAUAAGCAAGAGGAUAAAACUGGAGGGAGUGCUGAUUCUCCUGUUCUGUUUUUUCCUAAGGAAGGGCAUGCCUGUUGAUGAUCAGUCAGCACAGUUGUGAAAGGUUUGUCUCAAUGUCGAGGGAGGCUGAGGAGUGGAAAAGUACUGAAUAUUGGGGAAAAUGUAUUUACUCCAAUUCCUCCACCCCUGAUCCUAGGAAGUCUCAUUAGAGGAACCUGAUCAAGACCUCUGCCCAAGGUCUCGGAAAAAGAGACAUAGGAAUGAAGGUACCCAGUCUAGGAAUGUAAAUAUGUAAAAGAGCAUGACUGAGUAGGGAGCCUGAGUCCUUGACUACAACUCCUUCCCGUGACUACACUGCAUUUGCUAUGCACCAAGUCUGAUAUGGGGAAGACAGCUUUCCCCAUAAGGCCUGCCAGGUAAAGCCAUUUUAAUUGCCUAUGGUCGUGCCUGAAAUAUCACAUGUAGAUUUUAACCAAGAUCUAGACCCUCAUGGGUGGUCUUGUUGGCUAGGCAACUGCACUUUGAGACCCAUGGUUUAAAUUCUAAAGUGUAGCUGUGUUCUUUUGUCUGCCGCUCACCAGUUCAUUCCUCUUAAGGAUAUUAAUCAAACUGUAUUGUCACAUUUUCAAGACAAUCUUCAUACAUCACUUUAAGGUAGCUUUCAAUUAUCUGUUGACUAGUAACUAUUAGCCUUAUUGGUUAAGUACUACUAUAAAAUGUUGGUAAUAUGAUUAGAUGCUAAACCUUACUGUACUUGAAAUUAUAUGUAAAUUUACAUGGUUGAAAACUCAAUUUGUUUGGAUCACAAUUUGUAAAGCCAUAGUCUUCUGCCUUCAGUAUGGCUUUUUGUAUUGUAGCAAAUAGAAUAGUAGUGACAAGUUCAGGUUCUGAAGCCAGAGUUCCUGGAUUUUUUUUUUUUUUUUUUUUUUUUAAUUUUUUAAAGUUUUAGUUUUUGUGGGUACAUAGUAGGCAUAUAUAGUUAUGGAGUACGUGAGAUGUUUUGAUACAGGCAUGCAAUAUGUAAUAAUUACAUAAUGGAGAAUGUGAUAUGCAUCCCCUCAAGCAUUUAUUCUUUGUGUUACAAACAAUCCAUUUAUACUAUUUUUUUUAAUGUACAAUUAAAUUAUUAUUGACUCUCAUCACCCUGUGGUUCUAUCAAUUACUAGGUCUUAUUCAUUCUUUCUUUUUUUUUUAUUUUUGGACCCAUUAACCAUCCCCACCUUCCCCCAACCCACCCCAUACCCUUCUCUGCCUUUGGUAACCAUCCUACUCUGUCCCCAUUAACCAUCCCCACCUUCCCCCAACCCACCCCAUACCCUUUUCUGCCUUUGGUAACCAUCCUAUUCUGUCAGUGAGCUCAAUUAUUUUGACUUUUAGAUCCCACAAAUAAGUGAAAACAUGCAACAUCUGUCUUUCUGUGCCUGGCUUAUUCCAUUUAACAUAAUGAUCUCCAGUUCCAUCAAUGUUGUUGCAAAUGACAGUAUCUCAUUCUCUUUAUGGCUGAAUAGUACUCCAUUGUGGAUAUGUACCGAUUUUCUUUAUCCAUUCAUUUGUUGAUGGACACUUAGGUUUCUUCCAAAUCUUGGCUAUUGUGAAAAAUGCUGCAACAAACGUGCAAGUGUAGAUAGGUCUUCGAAGUAACUGAUUUCCUUUUUUUAGGGUGUAUACCCAGCAGUGGAGUUGCUAGAUCAUAUGGCAGCUCAGUUUUUCAUUUUUUUUUUUUUUUUUUUUUUUUUUUUGAGGAA